CAAUCUCCGAUGCCUAAUAAACAAAUUGAGGACUCGGGAUAUCCCCCCGAGGCAGCGCCUAACGCUGGGAGCACCGAGCUAGCGAGAGAGAGGAGAGGCCGCCAUUUUGUUGGCUCCCACUGCUUUCAGUUUUGGUCUCCAGUCUCCGCCCCCUCCGGCCUACGGAAGCAGUGUAUCAGUAAUCCUCCCCGGGCAUCCUCUGGAGUCAAUGAGUGAGUAAAAAAUGAUUAAUAAUGUGCUGUAUGGGGUGACUGGGUGUAAUGUGGGCAGUGGGCUGUGAUAAACUCUGCAUUCUCCUGGUAUUAACCAUCACCUUCAUUGGAAUACAGCACCCUGCCUAAACCUGGGGACAUAGACCAGGGCUACAAUGGGUUUAAUGUCACCCCCCUCUUCCUUUAGAGGAUCAUGGAAAAAAAAAUAUAUAUAAUCUAUGGUAGUUCUAGAACAAAGGUGGUCACAAUGUAUACAUUCUCCUGCUGUUUAGGAACCACAACUUGCAGGCAAAGCAUCAUGGGAGUUGUAGUUCUCCAUCAGGUUGUGGUUCUGUGUUUUGUGCACCCCCUCUAUAGACUGAAUGUGAAUUAACAGUUGUUUCUUUUUUUGUUUUUGUUUUUUUUUCUCUCUUCUUCUUCUUCUUCUUCUUCUUCUUCUUUCACAAUGCAAAUGAUACAUAGAUGAAUUGAAUGCAGUGUUCAGGUGAUGGUAUGCCUGUCAUAUCCACUAGCUGCUGUUACAUUUGGCAAUUUUAAGAGGCAAAGUAGCAGGUUUACAGUUUCUGUAAUGAUAAUAGGAUGUAUAACAAUGCAGCAUGAGACUCCAAAUCUUAGUGGUGCAAACAAACACAACAAAACAGCAAUAAUAUGGCACUGUGGUGCUGGACCAUAAUUUAUGUCACAUGUCCACGUUUCUACAUUGGCUGGAUUAGUGUGAUUAGAUUUGCAUUAAAAAGCACCUCCACAGAGUUCCUUUUCCUGGCACUAGUGUGAAUUAGGGUAUGUAGUCCUGGGCAACUUAUGAAACACCUGCCAUGUUGGACGACAAGUUCUAGAAUGCAGAGCCAGCCUUUGUUUGCACUGGCACUCUUUUGUGUUGUGAGAAUUAUAGAUGCAAAGCUAGCCGUGUACUGAUAAAUCGAAGUCUUUGACUGCCUGUCCAUUAUGAUUCAUUUUUGACAUGGUUCACUUUUUCAUCCUUUUGCGGUUUAACCCCUAGAAUAUAGUCUUGUUUGAUCAUGGCCCUCAACACCCUCUGUUACUGUGCGUCCAAAUUUUCCUGAUGCAAAUACUAAUUAAUAAAAAAACAAGUGUCAGUGAGUUGAGUAACAACAUUUAUCCCAUUGUACAAGGCUGCAGAAUUUGUUGACGUUUUAUAAAUAAUAAUACCCCAGAACAUCCUGGAAAAACUAUUCAUUUCUUGCUAUUGUUAAUGAGGCUGAUUUUUAUAAAAGAUCAUUUUACAGAAUAAUUCCUGUGUGUUGGGCAAAAAAAAAGAUGUAGUGGUUAUGGUGCCUAGAGGGCCAUGGCAUAACCCUUGAUUAAAUAGCAAGUAGUUUAGGAAGGGUUUUCUAUAAACCCGCAUCCUGCAUUAGAGUCUAAAUUCAGGGAUUUCUAAGUGUGUUAUACAUUUGCAAAAAAUAUGCUGAAAACAAAUUGUUCAGUGAUGUUAUGAGUAAUGCAUCUUUUGGCCUUUUAGAAGCUGUAUUAAAUAUUGUUACAGUUUAGAUUUCUUUUUGCACAUAUUUUGAAUUACAAUAUGGUUGAUAUUGAUGGUAUGAUGCAGAAUCUAUCCCUUAUAAAGUACAGCAAAAAACAUAAGGGUAGAAGUGGCCUUUGCAUAACUUGUAUAUGACAGUAAAGUUUAAUUUCAAAGCCUAUAUUCAAGGCUUAGUUGAUUUGUUGAAGCAAAGGUGGACCAAAUAAUCUGUGAAAAGAAAUCCAUUUCAAACCUUUAAGGGUACCUAUAUACGAAGGUACCCCUGACGGAGGUGCACUCAGUAUUGCUCCGAAACGCGCAUUGGGCAUUCUUCUUUACGGGUUAUGGGCACUGGGAACGGCACUGUUUAUUUUUAAGCACGCUUGAUUCAUUUUAUGUAAUCCUUUUUCUACUACUUUUUCCUCCUAUGCCUAUCUAGCCAGUUUAACAGGAAAGAGGCUGUGUUAGUUAAUUAUUGCCAGUUCAUCUUUUGACUGGCUUAUUCUUUACUACUAUCCUCCUGUAUAUACCUUAUAUCUGGCUAAUACCUGUCUCACAGGUCUAUCUUUAUGAUACCAUCAUAUAUACUAUUGGUAUCCCUAACUGAGUCAUUUAACUGAUAUCUUUCAGCUAUAUCUAUCUACCCACAGUGAUUUGACAAUAAUUGGCUACCCUGUCCUGAUUUGGCAAUUCAUUUUCCUGUAUAUUCAGCUAGGGCAGAGAAUAUAGCUACUAUUAUUAUUAUUUUUUAUUCCUGAUAGUCUCUGGGAUGACCUGGUGUGUUCUUUAUGUAGUUAACUUUAACCUAUUGGGGACCCAAUAGAGGCUCUAUCUCUUGAGCCAAUUGUAAUAAAGCUAAUUUUAUCUAAGAUUUCCUCUAUGUGGACAUAACCCCCUUUUUACUGAGUUGACACAUAUCUGCAGGCAUAGCAGCUUAUUGGUUAGUGAUUGCAUUUUUCGUUGGUGUAUUUACCUUAGUUUUCUGCCUCAUCCUAUUAUUUUUGCAUUGACUCUACUUGGGACUACAGAUAUUUCCAGGCAAUACAGCGACUUCCAUGCGAUGUCUGCAUGAGAGUCGGUGUAUUAAUUCUCUCUCUUUUUGGUAUAUUUAUUAUAGGGUCAAGCCCUUAGAGACCCCUGGAGUCUCAAUUAGGUGCCUAGGACCACUGGUUCUCACCUUGACACUUAACUUUUCUCUGAGUGUCACGGCGGAGACCCUUUAGUUGUCCUAUUCAGCUGUUUGUUUACCUAUAUACAAAAUUAUUUUCCUGGCACUAUAGCUCCCUAUAGGGCCCCACCAUUCCCGCUAUGAUGCAGAGGGUGCCCUUUUGCCACCUAAUUCCAGCGUCGAUGUCCCUUGGCACUGGUUCAAGCUCGGCCUCUGCUCCUCCCCAACAACGUCAGCCGGGUGGGGAGACCUAAUGCACAUGCGCGGCGAUAACUAAGGUACUUUUACAAAUUUAAAUACAUUUGCAAUUUUGUAAAUGAGAUCAAUUUACAAAAAAAGUGACUUUAGGAUUGUUGUCUAUUCACAAUGUUAUCUUCCAAUUCAUUUUCUCUAUUUACAUACAAUAGAGAACUAUUUAUAUCAACUGGUAAGGGAUGCAGCUAGUUCAUUGUUCAAGGCAUUCUUCGAAAGACCAACAUUCAAAUUUAUUUUUUGCUGAAAAUAAAAAUGUUUUAGGGGCUUAAACUGGGGCAUAAAGACAAUUUACAAGGAAAUUGCAAAUUUUAGACAGAAAUAGCCAGGUGAAGAAAAGUAGCUACCCUAUUUUACAGCUGAUCAAUUUUGGCCUAACAUUUCCAAUAUGAACUCUUUUUAAUAUUUCACAUUAUAUUUUAGGUAUUCUUUUAUUUCCGUUUUAUUUAUUUUAUUCUUUAUUUUGUCUCGGCAGUAGAUAACAUAGAGACAGUCGACAUAUGCAUACAUAUCACCAACACGGUAUACAAUUGCAUAUCACAAAGUAUGUUAAAAGUCAAGUACCUAAUAAAACACAAUCAAAGGUGGUCAUUUAAGGCAUAACAAUGUCGGUCAUAAGAGUAUAAACAGUAGUUUGCAUUGGAUCGUCGUGACCGUCUGUUUUUAAUUUUUUUAAGCACACAUUUAAAGGAACAUUGAGCGCACCCUAAAUACUACAUCACAUUGUAGUGGUUAUAUUGCCAAUAAUGCCCUGGUGCCCCCCACUGUAAGUAGAACAAUUCGAGUUCUUAGCUGGGAUCCAUUGGUUCCGCUCCCUGUCUUCACCAUUUCAGACAGAGAGCCAGAAUCUCUGUCUGAGCUAAGCUAAGUGGUGUAGUGAUCAACUGACAUUCACGACAGUGAGCUAGCACUGCAGAGCUUAGGAGUUUACAGCGGCGGGCACCAGGAAAUAAAUCUAACCAUUCCCAUUCUUAGGACUUCUUACAAUAUGGGAGUGCCAGGGCACUCCUGUUACCAAAACCUCUACAGCAUGCUUGGAGCCUUCCUUUAAUUAAACAAUAAAGCUGGUAUGGCGCUACAAUGAUGUGUACCUUUAAGGGUAUGUGCUGUUUUAAACCAUCCAUGUGAGCUCCCUUGCUGCAAACUGAAGCAUACGGACUGCUCUCUGUCUGCCUUCAGAGCAGUAAGGGCCUCCGUUUUGCAACUGAUAGAGGAGAUGCUGCCAGUCAGUGAAAUCAAUGAGAAAGUCCCAGGCUUGUGAGUUUUUAUCACACAAUCCCAUACUUGCAAAGUCCUAACAGAUAAUAGGAGAUAAGCUAGUGUUACAAAAAUGCUAAAUGUAUGUGAAGGGGACUACAGUUCACUAGACUCUGACGGACGUGCUUUCUUGCUCCUUUAAUUAAUUUGUAGGCCACUUAUGAAAUAGGUGUAAGCUGAUCUAUUCAUUUACUUCAGCUCCUGUGUGCAGGAAAAUAAGACACAAAUCAAUAGGGAAUAAAUUCAUUUGUGUGGUCACUGUGAGUGAUCGUAAAACCAACCUAGAAGACACAUGAUAUUCUAGCUGUAUUGCUUAUAUUGGCAAAGACUAGCAUUUUCAUUAAAUGCUUUGCUAUGUUGAAUUACAAUGUAUUUCACAUUGUGAGGCCUAAUUCACAUGGGGCAGAUUCCAAAAUAUGGUAAACUUUGAGCCUUUACACUUAAGUGAAAAAUUCUAACUUCCAAUGUUCUAUGAAGCCUUAUUUUCAAGACAAUGAAUAGACAUCACACAGUAGAAUAGACAGAAAAGUCUCUCCUAUUUUUAUUUACUUAACCGUGAGCCUUUGUGAGUUUGUCAGUAAAUUAUCUUUUUUUUGGCCAAAUGAAUUGAAUUGGGGGAGAAAACAUCUUCAACUCUAGUGAGGUUGAGAUUAGGCAUAUCUGUCCAAGAAGGAUGCACUCUCAAGUUUAACUUUUUAGUUUGUUACGACGAUCAUGGGAAGGUUGGGUCGGCAUGGCAGUAGAUAUAACAUCCCCUUUGGCAAUGCCAUUUAGAAAAAUAAGUAGCCAGCCAACGUGGUAAAUGUUAAUUUUGUGCAUAUUGGAUGUCUGACAUCAGCAUGCACAGAAUGGAGGCGACAAGUGGACAAUGGCAAUAUGGCCCUCUCCUGAACAUUAAAAGCUGGGGCUAAAAUAAUAGUAAAGGGAUCAUGCAGAAGAUAAGCACAGGAACCCCAGUAAAUAUGUCAGUGGUUUGUUUUUUUUAAUUGAAAUUAUUGUGAAAAAAUCUGGAAAUUUAAUCACAAGUGUCGCCUACAUUAAAGAUAACAUUUGCUCUUCAAUGCCUUUGAUAUACCUAUGCUGUUUUUUGACUUAUGCAUACAUCUUGAAGUGACACUGUAGUCACCAAAAGAAUAAGAUCCCCACCUCCAAUGUGUGGUGCAGUUUUGAGCACUAAUUUUAAAGAAGGGUAUUGAAGAACUUGAAAAAGUGCAAAGACGAGCCUGGUAGUAAAUGAAAAUCCACUUACUCAGUGCUGUUGAGACUUUGUACAUACCUUUGAUAAGGAAGUCUUUCUGGCAUGAGGGGGCGUGGCUAAGGAGGUAGGCUUAUGGUGCCGAACUCUGCAAAACAUUUAUUUAUUUUGUAAAAAAAAAAAAGACUAUAAAGACUUUGGCAUGCGCAAAAGACUUGAUAGGCAACCAGUAGUGGAAUUUAUCACAGAGUGUUAGAAUAUACUGUAUUGACUGGGAGAAUCUAAUUGUCUUCUAGUUGGACUAGACCAGAGCUCUCCAUAAAUAAUAUACACACUUUCCUGAACUGGUUAGUUUAAUGCUAGCUUUACUAUAAUUUUUUGCAAUAUUGUUAUUGUAAUAUUGCUAUUGCAAUACCAUUCAUAUCCAUAGAUAUUAAUUGGUAUACUUAACAAUACACCCUGAGUUGCCUGACAUUGUCUAUUGCACCAAAUCCACAUAUAUUACUUAGAUCUUUUAACCUAUGACAUUUUUAGAACGGAGUAGGAUAAAGCAGCACUAUGAGUCGGUUUUGAGAUUACCAUUCAUUCCAGGCUACUCACACACCUGACCCCUUUGCCAAUUAUUACAUUGCUUCCUGUACCUUCCAGGAUCCAAUUCAAACUGCUAACACUAACCUACAAAGCCCCCUCUAACUCCACUCUACUCAACAAAUAUACCCCUUUUCAUUCCCUUCGCUCUGAAAAUGACUUUCCCCUGACAUAUUCUCGUUCCCAUAUUGCCAGCUCUCAACUUUUCAAGAGCUGCCCGUUCACUUGGAACUCCAUUGGAACUCACUACCCCGUGCUGUCAGACUUUCAUUAAGAUGUCACUGAUAACACACCCCUUUAGAAAAGCUUACCAUCUUCCUGGGUGACCUUUUUAUUAUUUCACUGCUUUCAUCUUUUCUCUCGCCUCCAUAGUCCAGCUCACUCUCUCUCUCCGUCCACUGUUCGCUUCUUCCACACACCACGUCUACCAGCUUAUUUCAACACAGGUGUCUUAUCCAUCACUCUGACAUGCUGUUACUUCCCUUGUGUGUAUUUACCCCUUGCUCAUAGACUGUAAACCCCUUUGUCUCUGUUCUAUUCCGUAUGUUAAUUACUUGUUGUCAGGUAUUCCCGUUUUCUAAUUGUAAAGCUCUGCGGAAUAUGUUGGCGCUAUAUAAAUUAUGCUAAUUAUAAUUCCCUUACUCUGGGAUUUAAACCGGAUUAUAAUGAAGCAUUAUAAUGGGUAUAAUUGAGAUACAUAUACUUGUUUAUCCUGUGUCUGGUGAACUCAUUGUGCAGGUUUCCAGUAAAUAAACUGUUUUUGUUAAUUUAUUUUAUUUUUCUUCCCGCAGCUCUUGAUGCUUCACAACACUAAUGUGAUCCCCGACCUACAUUAACUUGCACCCUUUGCCUUUAAGGCAUCUGUGGCUGCCACAAUGGUAAGGUUCUGUAAUAAAUAUAUUAAUACCUAUGUAUACGAGUUGUUAAGAUUUUGUUUUGGUGUGUGGGUCGUAGUAAAGUCUAAUGAAAUAAUAUUCUGUUUUGCUUUCAGCAACAAACCUUAGAAGUUGCACUGGACCGAGCUGAGGUAAGGUGUACAUUAAGGAAGCAAAAUGAACUGUUUGUUGCCUAAAUGAAUCUAUGAAUCUCUUUCUUUUCUCUUACAUUUACAAAUGUAAAUAAGUAUUUGUGAGCUAACCAACACACAGAUUGUAAUAACAUAAAUAGAAGCUGGGCCUGUGCGUUCGGUAUACAAUUUACAGUUAUUUUUGCAUUAAAGGGACACUAUAGUCACCAGAGCAACUACAGCUUAAUGUAACUAUUAAACCUAUGGUGUCAGGAAAACGGGCUUGUUUUCCUGGCACUAUAUGAUCCCUUUAACUAAACCCAUUAGAUUUUAGUCGUGUUGACUAAAAUCUCCAUUAGAUUUAGUCAACUAGAAUCUACUGGAGAUUUUGUUGACUAAAACAAUUCAGAUGACUACAAUACAACUAAAACUAAAAUGGCUAUUUAGUUAAAAAAAACUAUGACUAAAACUAAAUUGAAAUUUUCUGCCAAAAAUAACACUGGUCCCCCGUCAAAUUUGUCAGAUUACAGCAGCUAUCACUAAUGGCAACUGUAGGAAAAGGCAACUUUAGGGGAUCUUCAAUAGAUUUUUUUUUUUUUUAUUGUGCGAACAUUGAUUUAGGAUCUUAAAAUCAAGAUAACACCUCAAGAGCUGAAUGUCAUGUAUGCUACAGCUGUCCCUUCCAAAUGUCACUAAUUCUAAUGCAGCACGCGUUUACCUGCACAAACCCUUGUACUGGUUCAAUAUAAUAUACAAAAUAAUAAAAUAUAAUGUAAUUCCUGUUAUUAAAUUGAUGUGGUCUGAAUUUUUUUAUUUUCUUAUAGCAUGUGGAAUCUUUUGCAUUCAGAUGUUUUGAUCAGUGUACUUGCAUAAGGCUUGUUUAGUAGGAGUUUUUUUGAGCAUACACAGACCCAUCAAUGUAUAUGAUAGAAAACUCUAACAAAGUUAAGUUUGUAUGGUAUGAAAGGUUAAACAAAGUGCACACAACUCCCUUUGCACAAAGCUGUUGCUAAACUGUUUAUAUUCGGAUAGUACCAGCGGGAAAGAGCCUAAAACAACAAGAUUUGUUCCAGCACUGUUUUGUUUCUCUUUUUCAGUAUGUCAUUGAGACUGCCAGGCAAAGACCUCCAAAACGCAAGCAUUCAUCUGGAGGAAGGUAAUUCGAAAUGAGAAAAAAAAAAAAAGAAAAACUGCGUAGUUCUCAAAGUUAUGUUUUUAUUUUGGAGUGAAAACUUUCACAUGAAAAAAAGAGUUGUAAAAUGAGCAUUGGUCCUGAGAAAUAAGGAUUUUUAUUUAAUUUCUGCUAAUUCCAAGGUUUUAUGUCUUGAUGCUCGGCUAAAUGUUAAUGGCACUGUACCACUUCAUAUCCCUAAAAAAACCUAAGCUUACUGAAGGGAAUUAGAUCUGGAAAUAUUUGGACACUGACACAGUUUUCAUAAUUUUGGCUGUAAAUGAAACAACCGAGAUGCAAUUGAAGUGCACACUUUCAGCUUUAAUUCAAGGGGUUGAACAAACAUAUCUUAUGAAUCUUUUAGGAAUUGCAUUCAUUUUCAUACACAGUACCCUUAUUUCAGCGGUUCAAGUGUAAUUGGACAAAUGAACACAAUUAUAAAUAAAAUUUUAAUUUUGAAUACUUUGUCAAGAGUCCUUUGCAGGCAAUGACUGCUUAAAGUCGGGAAUGCAUAGACCUCACCAAACGCUGGAUUUCCUCCUUUGUGAUGCUUUGCCAGGUCUUUACUGCAGCUGUCUUUAGUUGUUGUUUGUUCCUGGCUUUUUCUGCCUUACGUUUUGUCUUCAGCAAGUAAAAUGCAUGUUUGAUUGGGUUGAAAUCAGUUGAUUGACGCCAUUGCAGAAUAUUCCACUUCUUUGCCUUAAAAAAACUCCUAGGUUGCUUUUGCAGUAUGAUUUUUCAUCUGUAAUGUGAAGCGCAAUCUAAUCAGCUUUGCGGAAUUUAGCUGAAUCUGAGCAGACAAUAUAACGCUAUACACUUCAGAAUUCAUCCAGCUGCUUCUGUCUUCUUUCACAUCAUCAAUAAACACUAGUGACCCUGUGCCAUUGGAAGCCAUGCAUGCACAUGCCAUCACGCUGCCUCCACCGUGUUUUACAGGUUGUGACGAAGUGCCUUCGCCACUUGGUCCUGGAGAGGCCUACUUGCCAGCCUCCUCCCCUGUGACUAUGACUCUUUCAUGUAUCUGGCUUUAAAGCCCCUAGUCUACCUUCAGACAGACUAUUUAUGUAGGCUGCUUUAUUUAUCUUAUGUUUUAGUCACCCUGUACCCAUUAUAGGUGCAGGGUGUGUGUAAUGUAAUUGUUUAUAUAGUGUGUGUGUGCUGUGUAAUGUAUUGCCUGCUCUCUUGUAUUGCUGAGGUUUGCUACCAACUAGGUGGGUUUGGCUAUGGAGCUUGUCUAGUGCCCUCUGUUGGUAGCAACAGCAAUAUGCACUACCUGAAUUGCAAGACUGGUUCAUUUGCAUAUUCGGGUAGAUUUGCAUAUUGCUAAUUCUGCAGGCAAGUGAGAUAUUUACUGUUAAAUAUUGUCUCCCCCCACCCCUUUAAAAAUGUGCCAUUGUGUUGUGAUAAGUCACUGUGUGUUGCUUGAUAUGGUUUGACUGUUUGUGAUUUUAUUGAGGUUUCACAACAAUGUUAUUGUGGUGACCCUAUUGGCUGGUCCCAAGGGAAAUAAAGGUUUUGACAGUUCUUCUUGAUCCCUCUAAAUGUAGCCUUGUCUCGUUAUUGGAGGGAGCUGUUAUAAUCACACUGGGGAUUGCUAUGCUCUGCAUGCUUCCCUGAGCUUGAGUCACUUAGCUCUUUUAAGAGCUUGUUCCUGACACGCUCUCCUUGGAGGAGGGGUCUUCACCACACAGUCCUGGAUGCUGGAGGUUCUUACAGGGUGGAAGGAAGAGUUCUUUCCCACACAGUCCUGGAGGACAGAAGCUGAUCCAGGGUGGAAGGAAGACGGCAAGUCUCCAGUCAAGAUACGGCGGUUGCAGAGUCUGCUGUGGUUGUGGUGUCUGCUGCAGUGCUUGGGAGUCCUCAGGAAGCGCUAGGAGCAUCCGUCAAUGGAGGGUACUCAGUCGGAGUACAAGGAGCUCCGUUACAUUGGUGGCAGCGGUGGGAUGGCGUCCUAGUGCGAGGAGAAGCAGCUCGGAGACACUGGUAUCGUAUGAGAGGUUAUUGAGGGCAACGCUAGCCACUGUGCAGCGUCCCUAACUACAGCAGCAUGGAGCAGGGAUGGAUAGCCCUGCGAAGAGCACCUCAACAUGAUACGUCGCUACGAGGACGACGCUUACAUUGAGGAGGUAAAGAAGCGGUUGGUCUGCUAUGGCCCAGACCUUUCGAACGAGGUGGUCCACCAAGUAAUGCGCCAGUUGAGUGCUGAGAACAGUGCGGCAAUGGCCUUUGAGCGACAACUGUGGAGGUUGAGGAUAUGGACACCUAGUCUCCAGCGGCAGUGCAAGUUACAGGGAGCGAAGGUGUCGUCCUUCCUCCCCAGUGCAGUACAGGGAGCCGAAGGUGUCGUCCUUCCUGCAGUGCAAGUUACAGGGAGCCGAAGGUGUCGUCCUUCCUCCCCAGCGGCAGUGCGAAUUCCAGGGGGCCGAAGGUGUCGUCCUUCCCCCCCAGCAGCAGUGUGUCCUACAGGGAGCAGAGACAGUUGGUCUCUCUCUCCAGCAGCAGGACAAUGUUAUGGGAGUGGAGACAGGCGGUCUCCCUCUCCAGCGGCAGCCUGUGUUUCAGGGAGAGGAGCACAGCACCCUAUCUCCCCAGCGGCAGCUUACACUACCAAAGGGAGACACCAAUCUCCCAGAUGGCGCAGAGGGGACCGUGGUCUCUGUGCCUGACCUACAGGGAUGCUGGACAGCCUGUCCAGAUCCCCAACUACCCUCACAGGGACAACAGGAGGAGGGGGUAAGUACGAAUUCCCCGCCCCAGCUAACUCCUAACUUGGCCCCAGGGUUAACAGGGGAGAUGUUAACCCCCACUGACCCCCACGUUCCCCUGGCUACUGAGCGGGACUAUGUCCCAAGCCCCCCAGCGGAAGAGCUGGCAGCUGGGCAGAGUGCAGUCGGCCUCUGCCCUCCCUUUGUCCCUUGUCCAGAGCCUGAUGUCCUGCAGGCUACACCAGCAGAAGAGCUGGCAUCAGGGCCUCUUGUAUUGCUUAGGUUUGCUACCAACUAGGUGGGUUUGGCUAUGGAGCUUGUCUAGUGCCCUCUGUUGGUAGCAACAGCAAUAUGCACUACCUGAAUUGCAAGACUGGUUCAUUUGCAUAUUCGGGUAGAUUUGCAUAUUGCUAAUUCUGCAGGCAGGUGAGAUAUUUACUGUUAAAUAUUGUCUCCCCCCUCCCCUUUAAAAAUGUGCCAUUGUGUUGUGAUAAGUCAUUGUGUGUUGCUUGAUAUGGUUUGACUGUUUGUGAUUUUAUUGAGGUUUCACAACAAUGUUAUUGUGGUGACCCUAUUGGCUGGUCCCAAGGGAAAUAAAGGUUUUGACAGUUCUUCUUGAUCCCUCUAAAUGUAGCCUUGUCUCGUUAUCGGAGGGAGCUUUUAUAAUCACACUGGGGAUUGUUAUGCUCUGCAUGCUUCCCUGAGCUUGAGUCACUUAGCUCUUUUAAGAGCUUGUUCCUGACACGCUCUCCUUGGAGGACGGGUCUUCACCACACAGUCCUGGAUGCUGGAGGUUCAUACAGGGUGGAAGGAAGAGUUCUUUCCCACACAGUCCUGGAGGACAGAAGCUGAUCCAGGGUGGAAGGAAGACGGCGAGAUUCCAGUCAAGAUACGGCGGUUGCGGAGUCUGCGGUGGUUGUGGUGUCUGCUGCAGCGCUUGGAGUCCUCAGGAAGCGCUAGGAGCAUCCGUCAACGGAGGGUACUCAGUCGGAGUACAAGGUGCUCCGUUACACAGGUGAAGCUUUCUCCAUGCUUUUUUCUUCCCAUCAGUCUGGUACAAGUUGAUCUGAUGUUGCUCUUCUCUAUUCUUGAGGCUUAUGACUGGCUUGCACCUGUGGUGAACCCUCUGUAUUUGCUUUAGUGAAGACUUUUCUUUAUGGUAGACUUGGAUAAUGAUGUGCCGAACUCCUGGAGAGUGUUCGUCACUUGGCUGGAUGUUGUGAAGGGGUUUUUCUUUACCAUGGAAACUUCCCCAAACAUAGAUUAGCUUACUUGCGAAUGGAAUCCCGUGUAUCUACAUUUGGGAAAAAUUCCCUGAACAUAGAUUUGCGAGCUAGCGAUUAGCGACUAGGGCUUAUUUUCGGGAUAGGACUUAUAUUACGAGCAUCCCCAAAAAUAAGCUAGGGCUUAUUUUCGGGAGAUUUAUUAUUUUUAGCGGUUACUGGAUUACUAGUUUAAGGUAAAGCCUCCCUUCUCUGUUCUUUUCAGGCUGACAAUAAUACUGAUCUGAAUAUAUAGUAUAUAUAAUACUAUAUUAUUGAAAAACUAGGACAAUUUCUUAGUGGACUGUGUAAGAUUAGUUACACAAACAGCAUAUAUUGCAACAAUCACAAUUUAAAUCAUUUUGCCUAACACUAAGGUUAUGUAUCUCUUUAUCUCGUUAGGAUUUGGGAAUUUCAAGGAAUUUCACAUCUGUUUUUGCUGUUAAUCCAAAGUGAAUAUAUAUUUUACUUUCCGGCUAUAUAUAACAUAUAAUAUAGCUGUGUUUUGUUAAUUUAAACAGUCUUUCUGUGACUGUCGGUGUAUAGAUAUUGUAGUUUGUUGUAUGGAAGGAGACAUGUACAAGGGAUGUAUGGAGGCUAACGCCACUGUUGUUGUAAAGGUUAUCAGUACUCUAUAAGUAGAGAUAUCAAUCUUCGGCUAUUUCUGUAUAAAGGAAGCUACAUAAUUAUGAAUACAACAUAACGCUAAAAACAUUUCUUUUAGGUGAUUUUUAGUUAUUAGCCUGUCGGGUAUUUUUUUAACAUGGCUGUAUUUUUGUUUAGAACUAUGUUCAAGUGUAUUUCCUAAUAAAACAUGUAACAUUUUAUUUUAACCUAUUAAUAAAGAGCACUAAUUACUAGAGGGACAUUUUCUUUUCUGUGUGCUCACAUAAUUAGCUAUAUACUUCUGUAUAAAAUGUAUCUUUUUUUAUUUUAUAGGAAAUCUGUGUUUCAUAAAUUGUAUGACUUAUAUAUUGAAGAAUGUGAAAAAGAGCCAGAGAUAAAGGUAAAUAUUAUUAUUCCUUAACGUUUUUUCAAUGUUUGUGAAUUAUAGUAUAGCUGCUUACAAAGUAAAAUAAUCUUAGAGCAUGCAGUGGUUUAUAGAACUGUCAUGUGAUCCAAUUUUUUUAAUAUAGUCCUAGAAAAGUUUUGCUAAGUGGCUACAGAAGUCUAUGUAAAAUUAACUUGCCUCUGCCAACAUAGCCAGAUAACGAACACUGGGAUUUAAAGAGGAACUAUCACUUCAGACAUGGGAAAUGAAAACUGAUUUGCAUCAAAUGCCUUGUGUAAUACAUUGGAUGUAUGAAAAUUCUACUUUUCAUAGUCUUCUCUUAACUAACUGGCAUAUUGAACAAUAAUAUUCUUCCAUCCAACCUCCCGCUGCCGAGUUAAAGGAUUAUAUAACCUCUAUUCAUUUUUUCUGUUCUGAAAUGGAAACUCUUUAGUUUUGUGCUUACUAUGUAAUAUUGUUCUACCAUCAAAUAUGAUGUCAUCUCGUUACAAUGUCGACCUUAACUUUUAAAUUGUAGUUAUACGUUCCCUAUGACUGGAAACUAUUACCCCUGCUGCUUUCCUGUAUUUAUUUAAAAUGUUAGCAUGUAUUAUACUUGCUUCCAGGUACUGAUGGUGUGUUGAAUCUCACAUUCAUAUGGAACAGUUUAACAGUGCAUAUAGACAUUAUAUGACCUCAUUGCUUUCGAAAACUAUGGGUGGUUUUUCCUGCUAUUUUUAGUAUUACUCGUUCCCCCACCCCCAGUUUCAAGGUGCAAAAUUGUAUGUUUGUUUGGACUGUUUUUGAAGACCUUAAUCAUUAAUGUCACAUUCAUUUAGAAUUCUAGAACAGUUUUCUAGCAUUGUGUUCUAUAUUUAGAGAUAUUAACCAACCCUCAAAUUUUGACAUACUUAUAUGAGACAUUCUUUGUUGUGUGGACUAUUUUAAUAACAAAGUAGAAUAGAAAUAUGUUUAAUGACCUUUAAUUUCACAUCCGAUUUAUACAGAUGGUAUCAUGUGAAUAUGGCCGCUCAUAAACAUGGCUCUCACAAAGUUUAGAAACUAGUUUGUUUGAAGUAGGAGCCAAAAUGUGUAAUCAGAAUUAUUGUUCUGAAUUUGUUGGGAGCCAUUAAUAGAAACAUAGAAUGUGACGGCAGAUAAGAACCAUUCGGCCCAUCUAGUCCGCCCAAUUUUCUAAAUACUUUCAUUAGUCCCUAGUCUUAUCUUAUAGUUAGGAUAGCCUUAUCCUUAAACUCCUUUACUGUGUUAACCUCUACCACUUCAGCUGGAAGGCUUUUCCAUGCAUCCACUACCCUCUCAGUAAAGUAAUACUUCCUGAUAUUAUUUUUAAACCUUUGUCCCUCUAAUUUAAGACUAUGUCCUCUUGUUGUGGUAGUUUUUCUUCUUUUAAAUAUAGUAUCCUCCUUUACUGUGUUGAUUCCCUUUAUAUAUUUUAAUGUUUCUAUCAUAUCCCCCCGUCUCGUCUUUCCUCCAAGCUAUACAUGUUAAGAUCCUUUAAACUUUCCUGGUAAGUUUUAUCCCGCAAUCCAUGAACCAGUUUAUUAGCCCUUCUCUGAACCCUCUCUAAGGUAUCAAUAUCCUUCUGAAGAUACGGCCUCCAGUACUGUGUACAAUACUCCAAGUGAGGUCUCACCAGUGUUCUGUACAAUGGCAUGAGCACUAUCAUUCUGCUAGCAUUUCCUGCUUCUCUAUUACAUUGUCUGCCUACCUUUAAGUCAUCAGAAAUAAUCACCCCUAAAUCCCUUUCCUCAUAUGUUGAGGUUAGGACUCUAUCAAAUAUUCUGUACUCUGCCCUUGGGUUUUACAUCCAAGAUGCAUUAUCUUGCACUUAUCCACGUUAAAUGUCAGUUGCCACAAUUCUGACCAUUUUUCUAGUUUACCUAAAUCAUUUGCCAUUUUGCUUAUCCCUCCUGGAACAUCAACCCUGUUACAUAUCUUAGUAUCAUCAGCAAAAAUAUAUACUUUACCAUCAAGACCUUCUGCAAUAUCACUAAUAAAAAUAUUAAAGAGAAUGGGUCCAAGUACAGAUCCCUGAGGUACCCCACUGGUGACAAGUCCAAGCUUCAAAUAUAUUCCAUUAUCUACAACCCUCUGUUGCCUGUCACUCAGCCACUGCCUUACCCAUUCAACAAUAUUGGAAUCCAAACUUAAAGAUUGCAGUUUAUUGAUAAACCUUCUAUGUUCAACAGUGUCAAAAGCCUUACUGAAAUCUAGGUAAGCAAUAUCUACUGCACCACCCUGAUCUAUUAUUUUAGUUACCCAAUCAAAAAAAUCAAUAAGAUUAGUUUGGCAUGAUCUCCCUGAGGUAAACCCAUGUUGUCUCUGAUCUUGAAAUCCAUGUGUUUUAGAUGUUCAUCAAUCCUAUCCUUUAACAUGGUUUCCAUCACUUUCCCCACUACUGAAGUAAGGCUUACUGGCCUAUAGUUGCCCGACCCCUCCCUAUUACCUUUCUUGUAAAUGGGCACAACAUUCGCUAACUUCCAAUCUUCUGGGACUACUCCUGUUAACAAUGAUUGGUUAAAUAUAUCUGUUAAUGGUUUUGCUAGUACACCACUAAGCUCUUUUAAUAGCUUAGGGUGUAUUCCAUCAGGUCCCAUUGACUUAUUUGUCUUUACUUUUGACAGUUGAACUAGAACCUCUUCCUCUGUAAACUUACGUGUAAUGGCCAUGUGGUUGGGACAAGUUAUGAUGGCAUGGUUUUAAUGUAGGUUUCUUAGUAUCAGUUGUUCUAUUAUUGCAUUAAAGUAGAUAAGACAUAACGGUUUGAUUUUCUAAUAUUAACAGUGCUCAAUUCUCUACCAUUUAGGAGUUAAAUCACUUUUGUUUCUGUUUAUGCAGCACUUGGUCCAUCUCAACUGGCUGUGACUCACACAGCCUGCAUGAAAACAUGUUUUUUUAAUUUUACAUUAUGAGAUGUAAUUUUACAAUUAUGAGAUGUUAACUUGCUUUAGAUAUUUUAUCUCCUACUCCGUAAAUUGAACUUUAACCGCACACAGGAGCUUCCUGCAGGGUCUAAAAGGCUACUAACGGAGCAGGAAAGAACAAAUUCUAAAUAAAACAGAGUGUACAAUACAGAAAGUAUAAACUUUAGAUCUCUCUUUGCAGCAACUGAUUAGGAAGACUGUGCAAGUCACAUGCAGGGAGGAGUGACAAGGGCUAUGUAAACAAAGUGAUUUCAUUCCUAAAGGACAAAAAAAAUGAGCAGGAAGAUUGCAGGGGUUUCAUCUUUACACCAACCUUAUUAACUAAAAGUUGUUUUGGUGCCUAUAGCAUUCAUUUGAAUUAGAAAUUCACUUUAAAUUCUCACUUUAGGGAGUAACCCUGUAAUAAUAGAAUAAUUACAUUUUUACAGCAUGAGUAGAAUCCGCUUAAAAAAAAACACUAAGGUUAGGAAUACAAAUUUAUAAAUACUACUUUACCCAUCUUAUCAGCCUUAAAUAAGUAGAAAACGUACCUUUAUUCCGGCGGGAUGCAGCUCUGGGUCUUCCCCUGAUCCGCCUCUGUGGAAAAUCUAACACUUUCCCAUCGGGAUGAUAUUGAGCAAGUGUGGAAAAAUGCUGCGCUGGGUAAUCCGCAUCUCCAUGAAGACACAGGAAGCACCUCUAGUGGCAGUCUGAGUGACUUCCAAUGGAGAUGUCCAUAGGCAGUAACGUACAAGAAAAAAAGGCCUGCAAAGCGCUUAAUGUUUACAUGAAAUAGCCUGCAGGGACUGACUCUACUCACCACAACAACUACAUUAAGCUGUAGUUGUUCAUUUGACUAUAGUGCCCCUUUAAGCCUAUACUGUUAAGAGUUCAUUUUCUUUUAGCAUUUGUUUUUCAUCUCUUUUCCCAUGCAAGUUUAAAAUUAUGGCUGUCAUGUACCAUGACACAGUUCUUACCUACACCUUCUCUAAUAUCACAACCAUAAUGUUAUUGUUUAAACCCAAAUUAAUGUUAUAUUGUUUACAACUAAGACUCUGUUUUUCUGCUCUCUGUGCUUUUUGUCAUUUUUUUGUCCUGCUUACAUUGUAUUUUUAAAACAGAACCUGAGACGAAAUGUGAACUUGCUGCAGAAACUUGUAAUGCAAGAGUCCCUCUCAUGCCUUGUAGUCAACCUUUACCCUGGAAACGAAGGUUACUCACUGAUGCUGCGAGGCAAAAAUGGAUCAGGUACCAGAAAACUCUGCUACCUUGUACAUGUAACUGUUCUGAGAUAUUCUCAUUUGGCCAGAGUUUUGUCAGAUCCAUUUCUUGUGAUGACAGAAUAAAAUGAUUAUGACUGGAAUGUUUAUGCAUUGUUAGAUUGUGCCUACAGUGGGGGGCCAUUACAUUGCACCUGUAUGUGACUCAACAGCAGUUAACUAUAAUGAUGAGCUUGGGGAAAAUAUUUGGAAUUCUCUUGAACUUGAGUGGAGGAGACAAAAAAAAUUAUUUGUUGAAAAACAAGAAUAUCUAUUUGAAGUAUCAGAUGCAUUCUGGCACUUUCUUAAAUAAAUGAAAAUGUUAAUCUUUUUUUUUUUUUUUUUUUACUCUUAAGCCACAAAAACAUCAUUUUGUUCUGUAAAUACCACUUUCAUGAUAUAGAUAUUAGAUGUUCUAUAUCACACUACUGUAGUCAAUUUAUUAUUAAAUUAUUGCUGUUACUCAUCUCACUAUGGCCUCGAUUUUAAUAUUUUUGGAUAAAACUUUCAGAUGAUCACGAUUUGUUAGAUGUGCUUUUCAAAUGAAUUAUCUACAAAAAAUCCCAUAGAAAAACUUUUCAAGUGCUUUAACUACAGAAGUCCCAAUUAAAGUCUAACAAAUUUUGAUCAUUUGAAAAGCUUAUGUUAAAAUAUAAAAUCAAGGCUUAUGUUUGCAUUAUGUAGAACUUUUCUUUUUAUUGGUGAAGCAAGCUAUGAUCACAUAGUAAUCAUAAAUUAUAUAAAAUGGUAUUGCUUCAUAUGCAAAUUAUGCAAAUUUUAUUUUGUUGUGCAUUUAGCUUGUAUAUUUACAGUAGUGCAUGUUGUUGUUAAUCUCCCACAAUAAAAAAAAAAAAAAAAUCAUUUCACUAAUGGAUAGUAGAAAGGACUGCCAAAUUAAAUGGACACUCCACUGCUCAAAUCCAAAAAACAAAACACAAAAAAAUUCACUGUUUUGUAGAUCUGCCUACAAUGAAAACGUGCAUGCAUUUCAUUAUAUUUUUUCUUUUUUCACUUAAUUUCAGCCAGGGUGUUUUAACAAUGUUCAUUGAUAAAAGUGCCAAUUUCUAUGGAAAUCUGAACUUUUUGUAAAAUGAAAAAAGAGGACACUAUAUUCACACCUAGAGCACGACAGCAUAGCAAGCAAAGGUUCUUUAGGGGUCUGGAGUGGUCCUUUUCUCUGUUAUACCAAGAGAUAGAUUUAGCUUUACAGUAAAAGGAUUUGUUGCCAUUUCUAUUAUAUUAUAUUAUCAGGUCUUACUUGCAGUAAAACACCUUAAAUUGUUUUGUGUGUGCAGGUUAGAACGUCUGGACAAGGUGGAUAAGUUGAUGAUUUUAAUUCUGUUUUCUUGAACCCCCUCCAGACUCAGAAACUAUCAGGCUCCCAUACGAAGAGGGAGAGCUUUUAGAAUAUCUGGAUGCAGAAGAGCUGCCUCCAAUUUUAGUAGAUCUUCUAGAAAAGUCCCAGGUUUGAGAACAUUAUUUGCUUUUUGUUGUUUUGUUUUCAAUAGCAAAAUUACCCAUAAAUGUAAAUGUGUAUCUAUCAAAAAAGAUAGCAUUAGUUCUGUUUUAUUCGCAGACACCUUCUUUUGGAUUUUGGUUCCAAAAACAUACAUGUUAAAGGACCACUAUAGUGCCAGGAAAACAUACUCGUUUUCCUGGCACUAUAGUGCCCUGAGCAUGCCCCCACCCUCAGGGUCCCCCUCCCGCCCGGCUCUGGAAAGGGGAAAGGGGUUAAAACUUACCUUUUUCCAGCGCUGGGCGGGGAGCUCUCCUCCUCCGUUCCUCCCCGUCGGCUGAAUGCGCACGCGCGGCAAGAGCUGCGCGCGCAUUCAGCCGGUCACAUAGGAAAGCAUUCAUAAUGUUUUCCUAUGGACGCUGGCGUGCUCUCACUGUGAAAAUCACAGUGAGAAGCACGCAAGCGCCUCUAGUGGCUGUCAAUGAGACAGCCACUAGAGGAAAUAGGGGAAGGCUUAACCCAUUCACAAACAUAGCAGUUUCUCUGAAACUGCUAUGUUUAUGAAAAAAUGGGUUAACCCUAGAAGGACAUGGCACCCAGACCACUUCAUUAAGCUGAAGUGGUCUGGGUGCCUAGAGUGGUCCUUUAAAUUGUGAAACAUAGGAACAUAGAGAAGAAGCAUAGAAAAGAAAAUAUUUUAGACCUCACCUAAAAAGUCCAUGUUGAGCCUGUUCUAAAGAGAACACCAGUUCACUCUUUAAGGAAUCCAUAGGCUGGAAUGAUAGAUUUAUGAAAAUAAAGAGUUGGGGAAUGGGCUCCAUAUUCAACCUGAUCUAUAGAUUGUAUAGAAUAAAUUAAUCUUCUCAUCCUCAUCAUUUUCAAAACUUGAUAUUUGUAAUAUUAAAGGACCACUAUAGGCACCCAGACCACUUCAGCUCAAUGAAGUGGUCUGGGUGCCAGGUCCCCCAGGUUUUAACCCUGCAGCUGUAAACAUAGCAGUUUCACAGAAACUGCUAUGUUUACACUAGGGUUAAUCCAGCCUCUAGUGGCUGUCUCAUUGACAGUCGCUAGAGGCGCUUUCGCGCUUCUCACUGUAAUUGUUUUCCUGACACUAUAGUGGUCCUUUCAUUUCUAGAAAACUUUAAUGUUUAUAGGAUGUAAUAGCACUACAAAAUCAGGAGCUGUUGGUAAUCCACAAUUUAGACCAACAUAACCAAGUUAUAGAAAUUCAUCCAAUUCAAAUGUUCUUCCAUUUCUGCUACCUUGACAUAAUAUAUGAAUGUCACUUGUCAGCUUCUGAUACUGCCUAACACUUUUGGAUAGGGAUCGACCGAUUAUUGGUUUUACCGAUAUUAUCGUCCGAUGUGCGUUAUUUUCGGCAAUAUCGGUAAUGGCCAAUAGGGAUACAGAUAUUGCCGAUAAUACAUACCAGGGCCUGCAACAAGCUGUUACUUACCUCCCAGCAGCUCCCUUCAUCUCCCAUGUCAAAUCUCGUGUGUCCUGCGGCCGCAGAGCGUUGCCACGGGUUACCAUGGCAAUGCUCCACGCGACACGCAGACCGAAAGAUUUACACAGGAGAGCUGAAGGGAGCUGCUGGGAGGUAAGUAACAGCUUGCUGCGUGCCCUCCCACUGCUCAGUCCAUGCUACUGGACCACCAGGGAAUGCUAUAGCCCCCCUCUCUGGCCACGAGGGAUGGGGGGACAAAAAAAUAAAUAAAACAUAUAAAUAUUAAAAUAAAAAAUGCCUCCCCUCCUGCCCAUUUUACACAAAUUACAUCCCUUCAGAAACACACACACUAUACAAACACACACACACACUGCAUUCAUUAUAUACACACACUAUAUAAACACACACUGCAUUCAUUAUAUACACACACACUACACACACUCUGCAUUAUAUACACACAUACACUACACACACUCUGCAUCUUAUACACACGCUCUGCAUUCAUUAUAUGCACACACUAUACAAACACACACUCUGCAUUCAUUAUAUACACAGACUACACAAACACUGUAUUCACUUUACGCACACUAUACACAAAUACUGUAUUCACUUUACGCACUCUACACACACACACUGUAUUCACUUUACGCACACUACAUUCACUAUACACAUACUACACACACACACACUCUGCAUUCACUAUACACACACACUCUGCAUUCACUAUACACACACUACACACACACUCUCCAUUCACUAUACACACUACACACACACCCUGCAUUCAUUAUAUACACACUACACAAACACACACUGCAUCCACUACACACUGCAUCCCCUACAUGUGGCAUGUAUGUUUUGUGCAUUUACCUUUAGAAAUAGUUUAUUUUUUCAAAAUGGUAAAUGUACAGCAUAUCGGCGAGUUAUCGGCUAUCGGCCUGAAAGUUCACAGAUUAUCGGUAUUGGCUCUAAAAAAACAAUAUCGGUCGAUCCCAACGUUUGGAUAAACCUUUCAAAUUAUCACAAUUGUUAGAAAAGAAAACUUUUCAAAUAAUUUAUCUGCAGAAGUCACCAUUUACGUGUUUGGAAAUCUUUGUAGAUCAAUCAUUUGAAACGUUUUUCUAUCAAAUUGUGAUCAUUUGAGAAGCUUAUCCAAUUUUAUUAAACAGAUGCCAUAGUGAAUAUCCUUGCGUGUAUUAUUAUACCUUGUUGUUCCUCCUUUUUUUUUAUCCCCCUCUAUAUCUCAUUCACACAGGUAAAUAUUUUCCAUUGUGGGUGUGUCAUAACUGAAAUUCGUGACUACAGACAGUCUGGCAACUUGAAAUCACCCACGUAUCAGACAAGACAUGUUCUUUUACGUCCAACCAUGCAGGCAAGCAUUUUAUUGUUCUGCCAUUAACACUGUGACAUCAGAUCUGCUUUCUUUUUUUUUUUUUUUGUAUAUAAGAAGUCUCACACAUUGCUGCUAUAAAAGGGGCAACAGGGAAGAGAGGGGGAAACUGCAAGCAGACAGUAUAUAAAGUGGUGGCCAUUGGGUUGUUUAUUUCUGUGAUUUAUUGCGCCAAUUGGGGAGAUUCACUGAUCUUCUCCUCAAACCAUCUUGGCACACUGGGCAUUGGCCCAGUUUCUCAGUGAUUAGUCCAUGCCUGAUCAUAUUUGAGGUUAUGUUAAUUUAUCCAGUUAUGUUUGGUUUCCUAAAAUGUAGUUAUAGUGUGUAAAGAGAGCUGUAACUAAUACAUACACAGCUUUCUGGUUCCCUGAUGUAAAUAAAAUUGUCAGAAUAAAAUUUAUUAUUUUAAAAGUCAUUAUUAUAUUUUAUAUCCAAUGUGCAAGAGUACAAAGUGAAAACAACAAAUCAUGUGUCCAUAAAGUCUGUUACUGCCCGGAAGAAUUGCAUUUUUUACUCCCAAGCCUUAAUUGUUCAGGUAAACUCUUUUAAAGAAUGUGGUAUGCACAUGGCACUAAAUGUUGUUGUUUUUUUAACCUCACUGAGUAACCAUGGAGACUCUAGAGUAUAAAAAAUGCAAGCAUAGCAGAAUCAUAAAAAAGCAUAAAAAGUAUGGCUUUUGAGCAAUCUUUUUGGUUUCAAGUUUCAUUUACCUGUUUAUGUUAAAUCUCCUAUAUUUAAAUUCUGUAUCGUAAUAUUUUUUAGUAAUUGAUAAUCAAUCUUUUGCCAUAAAAGAAUGUUUGAAAAUGCACAUUUUUUUUUAUUCUCUGGAAGAUUUUGUUCUACUCGGAAACCUAGAUUUCAAUAGCUAAUAGUUUGUAAAGACCCCCCCACCCCCCCCAACACUCCAGGUGACAUUUUCUUUCAAUGGGAGGAGAAGGGAAGGAUUAAAUUUAUUCACCUGACAUUUUCACAUUUUUCAGUUCCACCAUUCUCCCCUCUUCAACGCCUGGUAGACGAUGCUGCCAGGAGAAAUGUCAUCUUUAUACUCUUGCACAUGAAUGAGUGCUCAUAACACGGGCCUGUGGAAAAUCCUACACAUUUAUGGGAUCUUCCACUCCUUGUGCGUGGUGAGAUAACAUAGUCAUCGUCUAGAAAAUGUUUUCCCCCCCCAUACUCCACCAAUUGCAAAGCAAGUCAGAAGUUAAUAAAUAUUUAAUUUUAUUAGUCAACACGUCCACCUAGUAAAUCUAAUCCAAACUUGGCAAAAUUGUAUAUUGCUAAUGCAAAUGUGUAACUCCCAUAUAAACAAUCCGUUAAGCAAAAGGCUGUAGAUGUAGUCAUUAUGGUGCUUACAGCAUCCCUUUAACCUUACGAAUGACCGACCCACUUUAACUGAAAGGGGUAAAUCAUUCCAGCAAAGUUAAAAUUUAUAUUUUCUUCAAACCUAUCUGUUUUGGAAAUGGAGAUUCAUUUUGUUCAUGUGACAUGUAUAGCAACAAUGUUUUUUUUGUUAUUAAUUAAAGCUUGUUAUUGUUCUUCUUAGUCAUUUCAGCUUUUAGGUUUGUUUGAUUCUGCUUUAUCUUAUUUAAUUCCUUUUUUUGUGCUUGCAGACUUUGGUUUCAGAUAUACAUGCUAUAACUAGUGACAACCAUAAGUGGACACAGGUAAGUCAUCCUUUUUUAUGGACAUUGCAUAACUGCACACUGCCGUCAUUAUACGUGACCAUCCAGCAUGAUUUAUUGAAAUAUUCUAUUCUAAGCAAAAAAAAAACAACUGAGCUGAAGGAAGCUAUAGGAUCACUCAUAAAGGGGUUAACCCAUUCGCCUAAGCGAUAAUAAUAAGAAAAAAAGGGAAGAGAGAGACGAGUGACCUAAUAAUUAAAAUAUAACUUUUAAUAAAUUCAUUAAAAAUAGUAAGGAUAAAUGUCCAAAUACUAAAAGUACGGAGUCCUAAUCAGAAAUAAAUGUAUAAUGAAAAGAAUAGUAUAUCUAACUAAUGGAAAUUGCCCCCCAAAAUAUAGUGAUAGAGGUAAAUAACCAAUAAACAAUAUAUAUAUAUAUAUAUAGACUCAAAGCUAAAAAUAGUAAAUAAUAUAGUUGGGAGGUUCUGUUCAGAAGUUUUCAGAGAUCCAAUCCCAAAAUGAAUUAGCAAAACUAAGUUUUGCAAUCACAGAAAGUAAGAGUAAUGUUGUAGCUAUAAAAAUGUUACAAAAAUAAUUAUUAUGUUACAGAGACAAUUCAUAAGUGAAAUAUAAAGUGACACUUUAUAUAACUGCUAGUCAUGUUCCAAUGAAUAAGCUGCCUCUGAAAUAUAAUGUAACAUUUAGAGCAACUGAUAAUGCUCAAAUACGUAAACAGCAUCUGUGGGGAGAGAACAAAGCCGUAAUUGGAGUGGGAGCAAAUAAAGGAGUGUUAUGUCCCAAUCGUGAAAUCUAUCAUGAGUAAAAGUACUCGUCACCUAAUGAUAAAGAACCCCCAAACUUGCUAUUCAGUGCAUACACGUCAGAAUAUGUGCUCAGGGACCGAGAUAGACAAAUUUGUCUCGGUAAUAAAUAGUGAUAUUGUAGUUACAAAAGUCAAAAUAAUUCAAAGUCCCUGUGAGCCCCUGACGCGCGUUUCGCCCACAACUCAUCAGUUCUGAACAUAUUCAGUUCUGAUGAGUUGUGGGCGAAAUGCGCGUCAGGGGCUCUCAGGGACUUUGAAUUAUUUUCAGAAAGGAGACUGUCCUGGCACUGGAUUACAGAUAAUUUUAUAUAUAUAUAUAUAUAUAUAUAUAUAUAUAUAUAUAUAUAUUUCAUAUUUUUUUCUAUUAUUUAUUUUUUAAACAAAGGGGGGCCCAAGUAAUUGAAGAAAGAAACAAAUAAUAUAUUUGUUUUUAAUGUUAGAGUGUUCAUUAAACAAAAAUUUAAGUAUCGCUAUAGUGAUCGUAGUGUUUGGAGUGUCCCUUUAAACGGUACUUACACAACAAUAACUGGGCACAUUUUGGAAGAAAAACAAACAUUAAACAUGGGUAUAUAAAGCAUCAAAUCAGAUAGCAGAGUGUGUCUCCAGUGAUGUAUUAUAGCAGCUUGAGUUGGUUUAGUAAAUGUGAUAAGACUUUUUCGUAUAAAAGCUUACUUGCUUUUAAAACAGCGUUUCUGGUGAAUAUAACUCCCAGCUGGAAAGGGCCACAUGUAUUUAUAUCAAAUGUGAUCGUAAAUUAUAGUCUAGCAUUUCAAUUCAUUUGUAGAAAACCUUGUUUUUGUUUUUCCAAAUGUAAGGUUAUAUUGAGUGUUUACUAAAAUAAUGAGAAUUGCUUCAAUGCAAAUCAUACCAUGCACUGUCUUUUUCGAUGUAUAGGAAGACAAGCUUUUAUUAGAGAGCCAGUUAAUCUUGGCAACAGCUGAGCCUUUAUGUCUUGAUCCUUCUAUAUCGGUCACCUGCACUGCAAACCGCCUUUUGUUCAACAAGCAGAAGAUGAACACAUUCCCAAUGAAACGGUAAGGAUGUGUUGUUUUUGGUUGUGCUUUGAUUUUCUUUUUUUCUCUGCCUCUUGUUGACAUCUAUGUGCAGUGCAGGCUUUAUUUAUUUCCUGGAAACCAAUAUGGUAGUUGAGAUGAAGAAAAGACCAAAGCUAUCACAUUCAAUCUGAUGCAGAGCUGUGGCUGCUUUUGAUCCCCCAGAGCGCAAAAAGUGAACAAAAGCAGAGAUAGCUUAAAUCCGGAGUAGAGAUCCCAGUAAAGCAAUACCAGCCAUGCUUACUUAGCACUUAUGUCCUGUCAGACUUAUCUUUGCAAAAGCAAACCUGUUUUUGGUCCGAGUUUCCUAAUGAAGCCACCAUCAUAUCUGCAGUUACAUUUAAAAAUAGUUUUUUUUUGUUAAGUGCCACUUUACUAGUUUGCAUAUCAGAGAUGUUUUCCUGCGAACCGUUUGACGUCUUACCUAGUGUAUGACGCUUCCUGCCUCUUCACUAGCCAGGGCUCAUUGCGCAAAAGUGGUCAGUUUGGCACUCUAAACCAAUUAACUGGCUUUUCACAGCUGGGCUUAGCCUAGGAGAGCCAACUAUGCUUCUAAACAGUAACUUUCAACUGUCUUGUCCUCUGAGAGAAGGCAGGUAAGAAGUCAAACCAUUCUAAAAUGGCAUGGCUGCUUUCAAUAGGAGAGCGCCGGGGCACUCAUGGCACCAUAACUACCACACACACGUGCUGUAGUGAUUAUGGUGUUAGGAACAUUCAUUUACAUGUGAUUAGUAAAAGAAUAAGAUAUGUCAUACACUCGCAUAUUAAAAUGUAGAAUUCUCGGGGGCGGAGUCUGACUGCCAAAGCGGACGGUCGCAUGCGUCUGGAGCUCCGGGCCGCAAAGCUGAUAAACACCCUAUUUUCUGAUACCCAGACCGGACCAACAGGGCCCGACAGCUCCCCCGGGAGCCCUGAACCCAGAUGGGGAAAAAAACAAAAAAAGCGAGACAAGAAGCGCCCCGAAUGGGCAUGAACAUAGGAGAGAUGUGGCGGCAGGCUCGUGGCGCUCAAGGGCCUGGGAUGGCGGCCAUUGCUGGGGAUUGCUCAGACCUCUCGGACGACUUUUCUUGUGGAUCCGAUGAGGGCUACACACCUGCUACGGCGCUUCCCCCGCCGCGGAUCCCGACAACACAGCCGGACCCCGCUCCUGUGAUGGCCGCACUCUUGAAAGAACUGCUGGCGGAUUUACAAAAGAACCUCCAGGCAGACAUGGCCACGAUACGCCAAGACUUGAAAGGCCUGACUGGCAGGAUGGGAGCCUUAGAAACCACCUCACUCUCAGCCAAACAGCAGAUCACCACCCUCCAGCAGGAGGUCCGAGACCUGCGAACACUCAACGGCUCAUAUGAAAGGCGCUUUGCAGCCCUUGAAGACUCCCGCCGUCGGAAUAACAUAAAGGUCAGGGGGGUCCCCGACAACGUACCCGAAGCGGAGCUCCCGCACGUGGUAAGGAGACUACUUGCGGCCCUGCUCACACCCAAACUGUCCAAAACACUAGAGAUAGAGGGCAUAUUCAGGGUGCCCAAACCUGCCCAGGCACCAACCUCUGCCACGAGGGACUUGAUCGUACAAUUCGUUAAAGGGAGAGACAAAGCAACCCUCUUAAAUGCACUACGCGGCAACUCACCUUACUCCUUCGAAGGCAUGGACCUAACCUUUUAUGCGGAUUUGAGCAGCAGCACCUUGGCAUGGCGUCGGGAGCUGCGGCCGCUUACUAUCCUCCUACAGAAGCAUAACCUUAACUACAGAUGGCGACCCUCACGUGCCCUGUCAGUCGCUCAUGGGACUACAACUCACAUCAUCCGAGACCUCCAAGAAGCCAAAACGCUCCUGCAGAAACUGGGCAUUCCCCAACACCUCCUCCACACCGAAGCACCGGAGGCAGCACAGCGACCAACCCACGGCUGGAACCCGGAAACUACGGCGGAAUUUGUACCCAGACAGGCCGCCCAGGGCUUACAGGACAGAGCCAAGACCUGACUUUAUGAGAGACAGCCUAUCACAGGCCCAGUACUGGACCCACGCACUCUGGCAGCCCGAUCCACACAAGGCCCUUAAACCCACAUACCCACUCACAAGCUGAGCAUAUACCGCUCAUUAACCUCCCUUAGAUUGGAGGAAGGUAUCCGCCACGGUUCCCCCCCCCUUAUGAAUAUAAUUAUUUAUUUUUUUAUUUUUUUCUCGUUCACACUAUAUACAUAUAUAUUGUCUCCCCCGUAGGUAUGCAACAUCGCUCCUACUACUGGCAACUCCGAUCCAGCACAACACCUUGCACAACAGCAUCCACACAGGGGAAUUGCUCGCGGUGCACUCUCACUUUUCUUUACUCUCUCCAUUCUAUAUGUGCAACUAGUAACAGUGACCUAGCAGGGUCACCGGGCCCGGUGGCUUUCUCAGCUACGAGUCACCACUUUUUAUCUUCAUGGGAUUUAUGGGCCCUAUCCCAAGCAGAUUACUCUAGCAUGUUCACAUAACUUACACUAUGUAAGCAGUUUAUUUGGGUACUUACAGUUUAGCCUGAUACAGUUAGCUAUGAGAUAGAAUCAGCUGUUAGACCACAUACUAUUACUUACCUAACCUAUGCCUACCUAUAAAAAUUGUACACAAUCCUGCAGCCAUAAUACUUUUUGACAUGGCCUUCGCUUUUUGUAUUUGUCAUAUUGCCUGUGACCUUUCAUAUUUACUCUUGUGCCCUAUAUCAAUGAAGGCAUAUUGUGGUUCAUCUCUCUAACAAUACCAGUCUACUUAGCUUGCCUAAGCUACCCUCUGCAGGACUUCCUAGUCCAUGAAUAUAGUAACGUAAGCUUGAACAACUAACCUGCAAUGUUCUCUAACACCAUUAUUGCCUAUCUUACGCUAAUCCAGUUUCUAUUGUUUACCAACAAUCAACCUAGAUAUAACUCGUUGUUAAGUGUUUAAAAUUUUUUUAAAAAUGUGCAAAGUUUUUUCCACUACCUAACUAACGUAAACCUUUGUUUAACUCUGCAUACUCUGGUUAUUGUGGCACGGUGCGCUCUAUGUGAAAUUCCAUGCACAAAUAAAAUAAAGAAUUUAAAAAAAAAAUAAAAAUGUAGAAUUCUCAAAUUCCCAGUAGGAUUGGCGAGUAAAAGCCUACCAUACAUAUAAAUGCUUCAAAACUGAUUAUAAUUUACUGCAGUUGUGUUAUCUGUCAGCAUAUUAUGCUCUCCUUGCGUAGGAUGAUUAGGAAAUAUUGUGGAUUUGAUGCAGUUGUCAUGUAGUUAUUGCCGGCACAGGCUUUGGCAAAAUAUUUUCUCUUAUUAUCUCUUAAGAGACUUCAAGUAAGCCCAUAUUUAUCUCCUCUGUCAAAUGAUCUCAUAUAGAUAACUGACAUCAAACUAUUCUCUUAUUGCCAGUCCCAUGUCAGCUGGGGGAAAAAAAAGCUUACAUUUUUUCCACUAAGUGAUCUUUGGCAUUCUGACAGGUUUAAUUUGGAAAUCCUUAUUUUGUUAUGCUCCUUAUAAUAUCUGGAAUGUUUUUUGUUUGUUUUUUUUACAUUUAGAAACCUGUUUAAACCCUAAAAAUCAUUUCAAUGUAGAACAUGCAUGUUAGUUUGUUUUUUGGGUUGUGCUGUUACUCUUUUAAUCUGGGCAGUAGUUGAGAUUUUGUGGCCUGAGACAACAUAGUAACAUUACAAUUUCUUUACCUUUGUUGCUCUGGAUAAAUUAUUUUCAGCUAGAGACACACCAUAGUGUUAAAUGGACACUCCAGGCACCCAGACCACUUCUGCCCAUUGGAGUGGUCUGGGUGCCAACUCCCACCACCCUUAAACCUGCAAGUGUAAUUAUUGCAGUUUUCAUAAACUUCAAUAUUUACCUUGAAGGGUUAAGUCCUCCUCUAGUAGCUGUCUAUUAGACAGCCACUAGAGGACUCUUCCGUGUUCAUAGAAACUAAAGUGUGCUAUAACGUCGCUGGACGUCCUCACGCUUUUUUUUUUAUUAUUAUUAUUUUUUUUAAAUUAGAGUUAUUGAGGUGAAGGCUCGUCCAAAUACAGUUCGCAGCAUUUAAAGGGACACUGUGGUUCAGAAAAACCGCUUGGUUUUCCCCCACCCUCAGGGUCCCCCUUCAGCUAUUCACCCUUUCCCCCCGCCGGGCUCCCUUACCUAUCCUCCCCCGCCGACGUCAGCAUCCUUGUCUGACGUCACCGGCGCCGAAUGCGCAUGCGCGGCACUGCCGCGCGCGCAUUCAUAGUGUCUGUAGGAAAGCAUUUAGGUCUCCUCCGCCGCAGGCCGCGCAUGCUCAAUAGGUCUACCCCGCCGGUUGACGGCGGGGGAGGAGCGUGGGCAGACCCUAACCCAGCGCCGAGGUCACUGAAGGGGUUUUAACCCAUUCAGCAACCUGGGAUGGGGGGGUGAGAGGUAGAGGGGACCUGCAGUGCCAGGAAAACGGUUGUUUUCCUUGCACUGGAGAGUCCCUUUAAAUGUUUUUUUGUUUGUUUUUCAUAGGUAUGCCAUAUUAUAACCAAGUGGUCCAUCUAAACAGCCCACUGUGAAAUACCAGGAGUAUUCAAUUUUGAGUUCUUUAAACAAGAUCUACAAAUUUUGUUAUAUCAUUAUUGCGAAAAUAUUUUGUUGUAUAUCGUUCUUUAUUCACUUUUUUUGGUUUGUUUUUAAAUUAGAGUUAUUGAGGUGAAGGCUCGCCCAAGUAGAGUUCGCAGCACUUAAAGGGACACUAUAGCGGUAUUCCUGACACUAUAGUACCCUGAGGGUGCCCCCACCCUCAGGGUCCCCCUUCAGCUACUCACCCUUUUCCCCCGCCGGGCUCCCUUACCUCUCCUCCCCCGCCGACGUCAGCAUCCUUGUCUGACGUCACCGGCGCCGAAUGCGCAUGCGCGGCAUUGCCGCACGCGCAUUCAAAGUGUCUGUAGGAAAGAAUUUUUCAAUGCUUUCCUAUGGACGCUCUGCGUGAUUGAGGCAUAAUAUCAGACAGGGUUAACCCUCGAGGGACCUGACACCCAGACCACUUCAUUGAGCCGAAGUGGUCAGGGUGACUAUAGUAUCCCUUUAACUUUAGAAGGCUCUAUUUAUAAGUACAUGUUAUUUGUGGGCCAGUACAAUUUUUUUUAUUUAAAUAGAAUUUACAUUAUUACAUUUUACUAUUUUAUUUUUAACUUUCCAUGCCUGGCCUUUAGUCGUUUUAGUUACUUUUUGUUUAGAUAGCUGAGCAUCUACAUUUUUUAAUAUGCAGAGAAGUAGAAAGUAAUACACCAAAGUCUUGCAUUGGUAUAUAUUACUUGAUGGUUUCAUAGUGCACAUCUUGAGAACCAUAAAUUUUAAAACCUCCCUAUUAUUUUUUAGUGCCCUGUAUUAUACAUCACGAUGACAUCCUAGAAUAUCCUUCACUUUUAUCCCAUUCUUUACCCCCAGCAUUUUAGCAGUUCACAUUAAUUAGAUUUAUCAUUGAAAUCCUCCUGCAGUGGGUUGCUAGUGUAUAUUUAAAAAACAGCUUUAGAGGGAUCUAUCUACUAGUGAACUACGCCAUUUGUUUUAAUAUUUAUUCACUUAGUUCACAGUGCCCUCUAAUGGCCAAAUGUCUGUAAGAAUGAAGUGUGUAUAAAUAAAUAUAUGUGUAAGAUGUCACUAUAUAGCUAGAGGGAUAUAUAUCUAUGCCAGAUUAGUAAAUAUGGAGCAAUCACAGUGGAAACCAAUAGCAUAUCUCUAAACAUGUAGCACUUUUCACCCAGAAUUGCACCUGUUUUGCUUUGAUAAAUCUCAUCCUAAGUAGUUUUUUAACUGCAUUGCACAUUGUGAUAAUUUGACACAAACAUUUAUACGAUACAGCCUUAAUUUAGCAUUAAUUGAAAUGGUGCAGUGUCAGCCCAGUCUUUGCACUUAAAGGACCACUAUAGGCAUCCAGACCACUUCAGCUUAAUUAAGUGGUCUGGGUGCCAGGUCCAUCUAGGUUUAACCCUGCCUGUUGUAAACAUAGCAGUUUCUGAGAAACUGCUAUGUCUACAAUAGGGUUAAUCCAGCCUCUAGUGGCUGUCUCAUUGACAGCCACGAGAGGCGCUUCCGCGCUUCUCACUGUGAUUUUCACAGUGACAAGAUGCCAGCGUCCAUAAGAAAGCAUUGAGAAUGCUUUCCUAUGGACUGACUGAAUGCGCGCGUGGCUCUCGGAAGGAGGAGGAGAUUCCCCAGCGCCGAGGGAUCCUGGCGCUGGAGAAAAGUAAGGGAUUAACCCCUUCCUCCCCCCCGGCGGGAGGGGGGCAAUGAGGGUGGGGGGGACCUAUUAAUACUAUAGUGCCAGGAAAAUGAGUUUGUUUUCCUGGCACUAUAGUGGUCCUUUAAUGGAACACUAUAGUCACCAAAUUAACUUUAUCUUAAUGAAGCAGUUUUUGAGUAUAGAUAAUGUCUCUGAAGUCUCACUCCUCAAUUAUCUGCCAUUUAGGCAUUGAAUCACUUUUGCUUCUAUUUAUGCAGCCCUAGCCACACCUCUCCUGGCUGUGACUGACACAGCCUGCAUGAAAAAAUGGUUUAAUUUUCAAUCAGAGGUUACUUAUUUUAAAAGUUUGUAUUUCCUGCUCCGUAAAUUGAACUUUAAUUGCAUAUAGGAGGCUCCUGCGGGGUCUAUCAAGUUAUUAACAAAGCAGGAGAUACGAAAUUCUAAAUUGAACUAAAUAUGCAAUAAAUGAAAUAUAAACAUUAUAUGACUUUUUUUUUUUUUUUUUAUAGGAAGUGUUUAGUAAGGCUGUGCAAGACAUAUGCAGGGAGAUAUCACUAGGCCUGUAUAAACAAAGUGAUUUAAUUACUAAAUAGCAGAGAAUUGAGCAGUGAGACUGCAGGGGCAUGAUCUGUACACCAAAACUGCUUCAUUAAAGCUAAAAUUAUUUUGGUCACUAUAGUGUCCCUUUAACCACUUAAGGACACAUGACUUGUGCCAUGUCAUGAUUCCCUUUUAUUCCUGAAGUUUGGUCCUUAAGGGGUUAAGAGCUUUGUUGCUUUAUUUAGGAUUCAGUUUUUAUACAAUACAAUGGUUUUGAAACUUGGUGAUUAUUUUUAUGCACCAUGUCCUAUGUAAAAUAUUUUGAAGCACCUCUUUAUUUUGUCAGUUGUGGAUGAUGUGUAAGGUAGAGAAUACUAGUGCAAACUGGCAGAUGUAUAAGAUUCAAAGGCCCUGCCUCACAUGGAUUGCAAGUAAAUAUUACAAAUGACAAUUGUACCAAGUUUAGCUUACUCUGCUGAAAAAAUCUCCUGAAAAUUCAGCUCUAAUCACUAUGGUACAUUCCAAGCACCAUAAUCAUUGCAGGGCACUGUAGUGGUUAUGGUGCCAGGAGGGCCCUCACAUCCGCCAAUGUAAGUAGUCAGACCAUGUGCUAUCGGUUUGAUUUUACCUGUGAUCCACUGACAGUCAGAAGCUCUCUUCACUGAGCUAACCACUGUGGUCUUAUUUCACUGGCUUGGAUUGAUCAGCUGAAAUGCUCUACUAUUAACUAGCAAUGCACAACUGGGGCUUCCUAGCUUUCACAAAUGCAUGCGUAGCAAGAUCUGCUCUACUUCAAAAAGAGAAAAUAAAGGAUUACACUAGUCAAAUUAGCAAUCCUACAAUCCCCUGAGCAGAUAUUAAGCAUGAUCUACACACUUCCAUGCACACUGGAUUCCAGGGUCACAGGCAUGGUAUUGUGAAUGUCCAUCACUGUACACUCCUUUUAUUGUGAGAUUGCAAGCAAGUAAUUUUGAAUGCAGUUGUAGCCCACUCUGUAGCAAUUUGCACCCAUAUGUUUUCAGCAUAGCGAUUAGAGCUGAAUUUUCAGAUUUUUUUUCCAGCAGAGUCCAAGCUAGCAGAUAUAGGGAAGAAGCAGACUGGAUUAAAGGGUUAUAUUCAUGAUAUCACCCCUGAUUCUAGUCAUAAAUGAACACUCCAGGAAUUAAUCUGCAAACAUUAGUUGUAAUUUGGUUUACUUCUUGUUUGUCAGAUGCCUGUAUGUUUUCAUGCAAAUAGUUUCUCAUCAUAUCUACACACCUUUGUCUACUAUUGUCAAAGCGAAGAGAGGCAUGGCAGGAAAUGUACAGCUAUGUUUUUUAACUUUACUUGAAAAGCUUGUUAUGGUGGGAUUUUCAGGGGAUCAAGAUAUCGAUAAUAAACACGUAAUUAAAUUUCACGAUGAUGUUGUUACCAUUUUCAAGGUGUCUGAAGAGGUUUUCAAGGCCAUCCCUGAACAGACAGCAGGAGAUAUCAAACAGCCUCCCACCAACACAGCUCAGACUUCUGGACUACCUGCAGAAAAGAAAAGAAAGGAAAACCACCACUCCGCAGUAUGACCUAAAAAUAUCAAAAAUCGGAAAUGUAUGUGAAUGGCUGAUAUUCUAAAACAGAUAAAACUAAGCAAAAUAAAUAGUUGUAAUAAUAUUAACAAUGCUUUGUCUGGCUUUUUCAGUGUGUCGACACUUGGAGACAAGCCCCAUGCACAUUGACGGCACCAUCAGAAGUGGAUGUAAGUGGGGGGGUGGGAGGGUGUGUGUGUGUGUGUGUGCAAGUCAUUUACUGUAAAAAAAAAAAUAUAUAUAUAUAUAUAUUUAUUAUAGCAAUUUUAUUUCAUAUUAGAAAUUAUGUACAAGUUGUAGAUUCAAACCCUCAUAACAAGCUUUAAAUUAUUUUUGGCAAAUAUUUGGUAUCAGAUAUUUCCAAAUUCCAAUCCUGAUUUAAAAUGUGUGUGGGUUUUUGUUUGUUAUGUAUUUAUUUGCUUGUUUCUUUAUUUCGUUCAGAGAAAAUACAAGUUAAACACUUAAUUCCAGGAGUAUAAUUUGGAUUUGCAUGCUAGGUAUUAAACAUGUGCAAAAAUUAAUUUUAAGCCAUUUGUUAAAAAUAAAAAUACAAUUUCUAGCAAUCAUUCAGCUAAUCAAUUUUGAAAAUGUGUUCAGUUCAUUCAUAAAUGACAUCAUUUUGUUGUCAUGGAUUUCGAUAGAUCAUUAUCAUGAUUAAAAAAAAGAAAUAUUAAGACAGGAAACACCAAAUAAAAUAGAAAAAUAUGGUAUAAUAGCUGCUACUAUUAUUGCAAAAUAAAUCAUUUGUACAGCAUAGGUUUAAAACUGAAUUAAUAAAUUGCACCUAGCAGUGACAGCACUCUCAAAACCUGAUUAAGCCUUAAGGCCAGUGCAAUGGCUUCCAACCUUGUUUGCACCAAGGCAGAUCUACAUUCAUUUUACCUUAAUCAGCAGCUUCAUUACACAUUUACUUGAAGCCUUACUAGAAAGAUGUCAAGAUCAAAUUGACUUAUUACCCCACAAAUCUAAUAAACUAUUAGUGGUCUGCGCCGAUUAUCAGGCAUAGACUUCCAUAUAAUUUUGUCAUUACUGUCCUAGUAAAAAGGUUUUAAACACAACCAAAUCUUUUCUUUUCUUUCCAAAAUAUAAAUGCGUUUUGUGUUUGAAUGCAGUAAGUUGGAUAUUCGUUAAACAUUGUUAAAAUGCAAUGCUAGAGAAAUGGGCAAACGUUUUCCUCCCUUUCCAUUUAUUAGGUCGAAAAAUAUGCCAAAGUGGAAAAAUCUUUCAAACCUGACGACUCACAACCUACUGUCUGGCCAGCAGAUGUGAGUAAUUAAAUCCUUUUGCCAAUAUUUUUCUUGUCUUGUGUAAGAUGCAUGUGUGUAGUAUGAGUUUAGCUGGCAAGAAGACCUUCCAGAGGAUCUUUAUAUAAUCCACAUUUUAUUCCAGCAGUGCUAUGAUUCUCUCCUUAUAUUAUCCAUUCUGCCAGCAGAGUAAAACUGUAAUGUAAGCUUAACAAACUCGUUCAUUUAAUGGUAUGGAAGUCCAAAAUGAAAUCUACUUCUUUUUUUUUCUAAGCCUUAAAUUUUCUUAGCAUGUGUGUUUGAUGCAGAAUAAUAGCAGAAGGGAUUUCCAAAUCAUUCCUUCUCAGUAAAAAACAAAAAAAACAAAAGAAGCUUGAAAACUCUGUUCACCUCACUUCAUAGCACAGAUAUGUGUGUGGGUGUUUGCCCAUUUCACAAGCUCUAAGAUGAAUUAGAGAGGGACAUCGCAGGUUAUUACAUCUUUUGAAGCGCACGUGGAUUUACACGGAUCCAAAUCAUUUGAAUAUGUUACCCAGUGGAAGUACUUUGAUAGAUAGGAAAAAGACAGCUUUUUAUUAUUAUUUGGGAUUUACUUGUGGGUAAAAAUAUAAAAUAAUAUGUAGAUCAGACUAGACUAUGAUCAUUAGUUGUGCACAGUAAUAGCCCCUUACCUGGUACUGGUAGGAUUUUAUGACACGUAGCAUCAACAAAUCCUAUAUCCGUGCACUCCGCACUGUGAUGGCCUACAACUCCUAGAAUUCUUUGAAUGCAAUAGAUCAGUGGUUCCCAAACCAGUCCUCACGGCCCACCAGCAAUCCAGGAUUUAUGUAUUUCCCUAUUGUAAUCCAAUGGAGAUACUGACAGAACCUGGACUGUUGGUGGGUCUUUAGGACUGGUUUGGAAAACACUUAAAGAGAUGUCUAGAGAACCACAGGAAUUGCAGAUCAGCAACAUCUAGAGGGCUGGAGUUUGAGAAGCCAGCUUGGAAAGAAUGACUGAUAAAUGUGGUCCUAUUCAGCUGUUGUCACCUCGAUGUGCCUGCAAUGCACAUUUGGCCAGAAUCACUCUGUUCUGCUACAGAAUAUUUCUUCUUUCUACAGAAGAUCUGGCAGUUCAAACAAGGUGUGUGGAAACACAACACACACAUAAGGUACAAUUUCAAGCAUUUCCCUUUUUGCGUUCAUUGUUCCUGAGCUGCUCUAGCUGUCCUAGAUUUUCAACAACUGCAUUCAUAACAUUUAUAUAAUUUGUAAUUAUUCAUAAUGAAUGUGGCAAGAUCACCAGUCAUUCGCGUACACACAAUGAACCUCGACUGACAUUAUUUUUACUAUAAUUAAAUUCAUUAUCGAAACCUGGUUAUAGUUUUUGGAGGGUUUUUUUUCCUCAUCAAGAUGUCCAUGCUUUUAAAAAUUCUGAUUGUGUAACUGAAGUGGUUAUAUAUUUACUAUUUAAGUAUUUCCCUAUUACAAUGGCAAAAUAUUAAUUGGCUGUCUCUGCUACGCAAGGUCAGCAAACACCUAAGUUAGAAGCAAGGCGUAGGUAUGGAAGGCUGACCUUCAGAAAGAAGAGACAUAUGACAAAACAAUGCUUAUCUUACUGUGGGAAGAACUGACCUUUAAAAUAUGUAACUGCUCAUUUCUAGCCCUAUUAGAAGCUUAAUGGAGAGUGGGUUAUUCACUUCUUAAAACCGAAAAGUCUAUUUUAAUUUGUAAAUAAUUCAGAUGCUAUUUUAAAUUAUUCCCUUUCCCCUCCCCUCUUUCUAAAAAUUGCAUUAAACACAAUAAAAAUAAUAACAAUCAGCAGCUUUUAGGGGUUAUUCACGUAAGCAGAAUUAAGUUUAACUUAAUUAAGUUUCGAGUUGCCUUUUUUUUUUUUUUACCUAAUACCUGACAGGUGUAAGAAAUAUACUUUUAGUACCACUGUCUAUCUGCCAUAUAGCUAUUGUAAGCAUUUUACUUUAUGAAAUACAAUGCAAUGGUAAGCUAUUUUAAAUUAUUCCUUAUCCCCUCUUCCUUUAAAAAAUUAUAGAAAUAAUAAUCUUUACUGAUAUUACUGUGUUAUUAUGGGCAUAAUCUACCCUCUGAUUAAUUGAACUUGGACAGAAUUCCAUACUAGGUUAUCUUUCUCAAUUUCUGUCCUGUCAGAACUUUAUGUUGUUUUUCUCCACAAGUGCACCUUCCUUCCGAUCUACUUAAAGGGUCACUAUAGGGUCAAGAACACAAACAUGUAUUCCUGACCCUAUAGUGUUCAACCCACCAUUUAGGUUGCUUGCCCCCCUUCCCCCCAAUAAAAGUUUAAAACACACGUUAUUUCCAGCGCCGUGCGGGUCUGCCGUCGCUGGCUCCGCACCCUUUGUUACAUCAUCAAAAUGGCCAAUCCAAUGCUUUCCCAUUGAAUCAAUGCAUCUCUUUGAGGAAAAUUCAGUGUCUCCAUGCAAAGCGUGGGGACGCUGAACCGCAGGGUUACUGUGCAGCCUUGAGCCAGGAAGCCCCUCCAGUGGCUACUUGGAGGUGUCCCUAGGGGCAAUGUAAACACUGCCUUUUCUCUGAAAAAGCAGUGUUUGCAUGAAAAUGCCUGAAGGGAGCUAUUAUACUCACCAGAACAACUACAUUAAGCUGUGGUUGCUCUGGUGACUCUAGUGUCCCUUUAAUCCAUGCAUCAACGAAUCAAUCUCCCGGGAUAAAUAAUAAAAAAACACCACAGGUAAAUCCUGAAUGAUCGAUUUGUCCAGAUGUUGAAUAAAGCCAUUUGAUUCAGAUGAAAUGUCCAAAAAGAUUUUUGGUACAAUGACUCUUACGCAUUCUUUAAAGACAUGAUGUGAAUAAAGUAACCGUGAAUUAUUAAUCUUCUUAUAAGGCAAUGUAGAUGGAUGCAGGUAUCAUAUAUAGUUAGUUUUAAUUAACUGUAAUUCAUUUUAUUAUAAGAAGUAACUAACUAUUUUAGGCAAACAUCAACUUUUAUGAAAUGUAUUUUUGUUUACAACCCCCUCCGUAAGAUUGGUUUACUUUUCAUUUGUAGGAAAUGAAAGAAGACUACCUAUUUGAACUGGAAAGUGGCAGCCCAUUUCAGAAAGCAAAACUCACUGUUUUUCAAAAUAAGGGCAAUCCUUUGUACUAUGGAAAAUUACAGACCUACAAAACCGAAGAAGAAAGUGAAAACCGUUUAUCUCCAUCUCAGUGAGUUCUGUGAAAACCUAUGUAUUACAUAGAGUAAUGGUUCCCAAGCCAGUCCUCGUGACCCAGCAACAGUCUGUGAUUUAUGUAUUUCUCUUUUCUGUUCAAAUGGAGAUACUGACUAAACCUGGACUGUUGCUGGGUCAGGAGGGACUGGCUUAGGAUCCAAUGACAGUCAUAACCUACUUAGUGAAAGCUAUUUGUACCUUUUUAUAUUUUAACAAGUAUUCCAAGAUUAUCUGUAUAUGAUAUUUGCAUGUUAGCAAAACGUAUGCCUGAGUCCCUCAACCAGUGCUUACACAGGGCUGGUUUUAGUAACAUGUAUAAAAACAAAGAAAAUGGUUUCAAACUCCUACUUCCAGAGAGAAAGCUCUGUAUGUAGGUGUAACCUGGAGGAAAGAUUAAAAUGUAUAUAUUAUUAAUUAGAACGCUACACCCAAAUUGUAGUUGUGGUCAGAUUCAAAAUCCAAAGCCUAAACGGCAACGCCUCUUACUACUCAAGUAUAAACAUAUAUCCAGUGCCCCUAACUUUCAGAUUUUAUUGUAUUUUGUCUAUGUAGGGGGGUCGGAUAGUAAUCAAUCAAAUUAAAUGAGUAUUGUAAUUGAGGAUACAGGGAACAGAAGGCAUAAUACCCAAAACUCUGCAAAGAAAAAAUAAAUAAAUUAAUAUAGAGCUAUUAAAGGAUUACGUGUAAUCUUAAAGUCUACAAUCUCACUUUUCCUGGGUUGUGUCAGUACGAUUCUAUAAAAGAAUCCCCAUGGGAGGAUCACAUAUAGACUUGAUGCAAUUAAGCAGAAAAAGGAGCCAAGUUUCUGUACAAAUUGGUCUUGGACAUAGUCACAAUCUAUCAAUGGUGUAACGUCAAAAAUUAUAGUUGGCAACAAUUGCUUAAACAAUCUAAUCCCAUUUAUAUUUGCAGAUGUAGUUUUGCCCCUGAAGCUCUAAAAUAUAUUUCUAAUUUGCUGUCUCUAUUUCAAAGAGUCUUUUGUGGUCCUAAGAGGAUCUUCCUAGUUCAUGAAUUCAAAGUAAUUCAACUUAUUCUAGCGAUCAUUAGAUAUCCACAUACAUAGAUAGAAUUAGAAAAGCCUCUCUCCCUUGUAAACUCGCUAGACAGUCAGAGGAAAAAAAAUUGCAAAAACCUUGAUAAAGUGCUAAUCAAACGAAACCAUGCUUAUGCAGGUUUUCUACACCAUGUGUUAAAGUGCCCUGUGAGAAAGGGUUUGACGAAGGUGCACACGUUCGUGCACCGAAACGCGCGUCAGGCUUUUUCCUUUCUCACAGGAAGUAGGAGUUUGAAACCAAUUUUAUAGACAAAUAGGGGUUAAGCCCCGAGAAAAAGAAGAAAAACUACCACAACAAGAGGACAUAGUCUUAAAUUAGAGUGGCAAAGGUUUAAAAAUAAUAUCAGGAAGUAUUACUUUACUGAGAGGGUAGUGGCUGCAUGGAAUAGCCUUCAAGCUGAAGUGGUAGAGGUUAACACAGUAAAUGAGUUUAAGCAUGUGUGGGAUAGGCAUAAGGCUAUCCUAACUAUAUGAUAAGAUAAGGCUAGGGACUAAUGAAAGUAUUUAGAAAAUUGGGCAGACUAGAUGGACCGAAUGGUUCUUAUCUGCCGUCACAUUCUAUGUUUCUAUGAGACAUCACUGGAGUGUCUCUUUGGUGUGUUAUAUUCAGAGUAGGGGAUUCUGCACAAGCAGACCUCCCUACCCCUACCCUGACUAUCUUAAUUUUUUUUUUUAUAAAAACAAAGAAGCCUCUGCUUUAGCACUGACCUUUACCUAGCAUACAAAUUCUGCCAAAGUGAUUUCAUCCAUGAGAUGCAGAGGGACGGUAAGCUAGGUCACUCCUCCCCUAAACUAUUAUCACUAUUUGGCAUUAUCUACUGCUAUGUGAAGCUGUAACUUUGUUUUAGACCUUAUGGAGCUAGCUCUAAAAUACUAGUGUUUUUUAAACCUUGUAUGGGUAACAUAGUUUUUUUUUUUUAAAGCUUUUCUUAAAGCUUCCGUAGUACAGCCAGCCUUUUGUGAACUGCAGAUAGCAAUGUGUUAGAACAUCAUCUGCUUCAUUAGCUAUAUACCUACGGCAUUUUAAAUGAAGUGCAAAUAGUUCAACAAACGGACUUGUUUAUUAACUUUUUUUCUUUUCCGUUCUAGAUUUCUUAUUGGUUCAAAGACUGACAUUGACAGGUAAUAUUUAGAUCAUAUUAAGAUCUUUAAAAAAAAUGGGUGUCAUGCUUAAAAUGGUGUGGCUGUUUAUCAAAUAGCCAGAUGAAUUGCCAGGAAUUCAAAUUUAAGGUUCAAGUAGCCAAAAUGGGAAAAUUCUCCAAUUCAACUUAUUUUAUAGAUCGUCACCUAGCAAUCAAGCUGUGCAAAUAGGGAAGGAAUCUAAAGACUGGUCCAUAAGGAUUCUUGAAAUGCCUUAAUUACUAAUAUCUGGAGAGGCGGUAUACUUAGAUUUUCAUCCAGAAUUGGCACCUGCACAUGUUAAACGCUGUUAGUGAUUGGUUAAAGAAAUUGAUGUACUGUCACAAACUAUGCACUUGCUUAUAACAUUGCCUUUCUGUAUAAUAAUCUUAGGAAGAUAUAGGCAUCGCAGAGGCAGACUAUUAGUAGAACAUAGCUGAAAGAAUCUCCUGUACAAGCAUUUAAACUAAAAAGGAAAUGCUUAUCUGUUCCUGGAUAAUUAGAGUAAUUGCUUUGUAUGUAAUUAGCAAGUGUCCUUGUCCUGUCUACCCUUAGACCUAGAUCCUACACAGCCCAUCCACUGGACCACCAGGGAAUGAGAGCCCCCCUCCCUGGCCAGUUAACAAGCAGGAAGGGGGGACGAAAAUAAAUAAAUAAAAAUUUAAAUAAUAUUAAAAUAAAAAUAUUAAUAAUAUAAAAAAAUAAUAAUAAUAAUAAAAAAAAAUUAUAAAAAUGCCCACCCCCCACCAAGGCUCUGCAUCACAUACACACACUGCAUUCAUACACACACACAUACACUGCAUACAAACACACACUGCAUUCAUACACACACACACACACUGCAUUCAUACAAACACACUGCAUGAUAUACACACACACACUGCAUUCAUUAUAUACACAAACACUGCAUUCAUUAUAUACACACACUGUAAAUAAAUAGUCAAUUAAUAUAAUUUUGGGGGGAUCUAAUUUUAUUUAGAAAUUUACCAGUAGCUGCUGCAUUUCCCACCCUAGUCUUAUACUCGAGUCAAUACGUUUUUCCAGUUUUUUUGGGUAAAAUUAGGGGUCUCUCCUUAUAUUUGGGUCGACUUAUACUCGAGUAUAUACAGUAAAAGAAGAAAAAACUACCACAACAAGAGGGCAUAGUCUUAAAUUAGAGGGGCAAAGGUUUAAAAAAUAAUAUCAUGAAGUAUUACUUUACUGAGAGGGUAGUGGAUGCGUGGAAUAGCCUUACAGCAGAAGUGGUAGAGGUUAACACAGUAAAGGAGUUUAAGCAUGCGUGGGAUAGGCAUAAGGCUGUCCUAACUAUAAGAUAAGGCCAGGGAAAAAAAUGAAAGUAUUUAGAAAAUUGGGCAGACUAGAUGGGCCGAAUGGUUCUUAUCUGCCAUCACAUUCUAUGUUUCUAUUUUAAGGGGGACACUCUACUGUCCAAUUACAAAACAAAAAUGCUGUUUAGUUGAUAUACUCCAAUGAAAACAUGCAUGCAUUAAAAUAUGCAUUUCUUUCAUUGGGAGAUAUCUAAAACUAGCUUGAAAAAGCUGUAGAUCUCUUGUCUGCUGCCUUUGCGAACACUCCCUUUCCCCGCCCAGACGUUCUGUGGCUGCCCAAUACAGCUAAAUGAAAAGGCUUUGUAAAGCAGAUGCUCUAGGCAAUUGCUGCCUCUUGAUUUUGGUUGCACUUCGCUAACCAAACCAGGAAGUAACAGUACCUGUUUUGUGAUUGACAGCCUGUGGGGUGUAACAAGGUUAGUUUAUAAAAAUGCCAAUAUCUGUUAAAAAAAAACAAAAAACUAAAAAAACUGCACUUUUUGUAAAAUGCAAAAAAAAGAGGAUGCACUCUUCACACAUAAUGUAAAGCAAAGUAUUUUAGGGGUCAAGAGUGUCCCUUUAAUCAGCCUUUUGUCAUCCCAGAACAUUUAUUCAAAAGGUAACUAUGAUUUUCUUAAUAAAUCUUCCAGUUGGAUAGCCACAUCCACCAUGUUUCCCUGGGCAUGUCACUUUUUUAUGCUGUUGCAUGGCACGAUAAAAGUGCUGGUGCUGCUGCAGUGUGUAAAAUUCUGAUUCUGCAGAACGGAUUCAAUUACUAGCACACUGAGGUUUAGUCAUUAAUCCAGCAAUUGUAGAUAACUGAAAAAAUUACAUUUCAAGUUUGAUCCAAAAUUUCUUAACUGUAAAAUCACUCUUAAAUCUCUCUAACUAUUUAAUGAGUAAAUUCAUUGUUAGACCUUGCUCAGCAUCUCCAUUUCAAAUUUGCGUAACAUGCACUAAAGGUACUGCAUUUACAGAUAGUGUAAUUUACAAUUGCUAUCGUCCUAACAGAGUUGUCAAUCAGUACCAUGAUGUGUUUGAAUAUGAAGCUAAAAGUUUGGUGACGAUGACUUACAAUCCAGGAGGCAUGGUCAAUCACAGCCAGCUGUCACCAAGUAGUGAAAUAGAGGUAAGUGAACUACCCACUGUACCACAUUAUUAUGGUAUUUUUAAAUAAUAUUUAUUUCUAUCUUUUUAUUUAUAAGAGAAACAUAAAAUAAUGUAAACCCUGAUGAGACACAACAUUAAAACCACUGACAGGUGAUGUGACUAACAUUGAUUAUAUUGUUACAAUGGCACCUAUCAAUGAGGUGGGAUAUAUUAAGUGUACAGUCAGUUCUUGAAUUUCAUGUGUUGGAAGCAGAAAAAAUGGACCAGCAAAUAAAUCUGUGUGACUUUGACAAAGGAUAAAUAGUGAUGGCUAGACGACUGCGUCAGAGCAUCUCCAAAACAACAAGUCUGUCGAGUGUUUCCAAUAUGCAGUGAUUCGAGGAAGAACAAAAAGUGGUUCAAGGAAGAACAACCAGUGAAUCAGCGUCAAGGUCAUGGGUGGUCAAGCUCAUUGAUUUACAUGGGGAGUGAAGGCUAACCCAUCUCACCCGAUCAUAUGGAAGAGCUAGUGUAACUCAAAUUGCUGAAAUAUUUAAUGCUGGCCAUGAUAGAAAGGUGUCAGAACACUCAGUGCAUCACAGUUUGUUGGAUAUGGGGCUGCCCACAAUGACCCCUGUCCACCGCCGACAGUGCUUUCAAUGGGUACGUGAACGUCAAAACAGGACAAUGGAAGAAGGUCUCCACCUAUGUAGAGAUUACUGGAGACCACGUACACCUCUUCAUGGCAAAGACGUUUCACAGCAGUGGCCUCUGUCAGCAGGAUAAUGAAACCUGCCACACUGCAAACAAUGUUUAGGAAUGGUUUGAGCAACAUGGCAAUGAGUUCAGGGUGAUGCCUUGGCCUCUAAAUUUCCGAUCCAUGGAGAUCCACUGCGUAACUUUCAGGACUUAAAGAAUAUCCUGCUAAUGUCUUGGUGCCAGAUACCACAGGAAACUUUCAGAGGUCUUGUGGAGUCCAUGCCUUGACGCAUCAGAACUGUUUUCGCAGCUGGUUUUUGAGAUAUUUGGAAGGUGGCUUUAAUGUUGUGGCUGAUAAGUGUAAGACCUGGACAUAAGAGACUUAUGAUUUGCAUUUAUUGCGAAAGUUCCACCAUUGGUGUUUACCAAUGAUUAUUGAUUUCUCUGUAUAAAGAACCUUUAACAGAGUACAAUAUAUUUCAUUUGCAGCUAUUGUUUUAAAAAUGAGCUGACUUUGCUGAAUAUGUGUUCCUAGCUGCAGUGUGCUUGCUUUACCUUUCUAUGAGAUACUCUCAAGCUCAUAUCAACUGACUAGAUAAACAAGAUUUUUUUUUUUUUUUACUGUAUUGAUUGAUAAUAAAUACCAUAUAUCAUUUUUUGUUUAUGACAACAAUUAGCAAAUGUCUGUAAAUUGAACUCAUCCGUAACUACAUUAGGCAAUCCCUUGUUAUGUUAACAGCAAUGUCAUUGGUUCUGAAUUGACAUAUUUAUUCUGGACCCAGAGCGGAUUAAGUAAAAAAAAAAAAAAAUAUGUUCUGAAAAGUAGUGCAACCAUGGAACAGGCAGAGUCACCAAUUGAAUGUGUUUGCUGGUUCUAUAAGUUUCCAUGCUGAAUGGUGAAUACUACACUUUUAGUACUUUACACCACGUUUUAGAACACAACACUUCAUAUUUCAUCACCCCCAGAGAGUGUCCACAAUAGCCUUCAAAGUUUGGCAUCUGCAAUUACAUUUUUCUAGGAACUCUGGUUAUCUGACACUUAGAAAUUGUCGGGACGAUGCAAAUCAAACUGCUAUGUGAAGGUGUCCUGGUUUUGUUUAUAGAGCAAUAUAUGACAUCUUGAUAUCACAAUAGCAUACAAUUGUGAACACUGACUACAAAAUGUUAAAACAUCACCAGUGAUGUUACCCUAUUGUUUGCCACAAUUCUGUUCAUUUUCAGCAUUGCAUAGUAAAUAUUUUAAGCAAAUAUCUAACUGAUGACAUUUUUAAUUCCAGCAUUGAUAUUCUGCCCUAAAUGUUGUAGUUCAGUUUUUCACAGUUUAGUAAAUCCCUGAGUGAAAGUACAAGUGAGACGUAAACAUUUCCAUUACUUUAAAAUUGGAUAUAUGCAACACACUUCUCAUAAAACAGAAGUGGUCUAUUCCCAUUAAAGUGGCGGUUUUUGUUUUUUAUAACUUGUAAAAUAUUUUAUUUGUAUGUAUUUUAACAGACUGACAAUAUGCCCGGUUCAAUACAACCAUCUGUUAUGGGCAAGGGUGUCAAGCACAGACCACCACCAAUUAAACUUCCUGCAAACUCUGGAAAUAUUUCUGCAGGUAAUGUUAAACUUACAUUUUUUGUAUUUUUUUUUAUAUCUGCUACUUUUGUUUUAUUGAAAAGGAACAUCCCAGAACAGUGUCAGAGCCUUAGCACAGGAGUCUAGGCAGGAUGCCAGUUGGAGGCCUCCUGCGAAAUCCCCAGGCUCUGUUUUGUUAAUGGAGGCGGCUGAGUGUUGAGUUGGUUGGUUGAGUGUUUGGUGUCUUAGUAUUGUUUGUAUGUGAGUGGUGAGUGGAUAAGUGAAUAAAAGUUUUGCUUAUCUUUUUCCAGUGCAGAGGCUCCCUCAGCACUGCUCACCUUUCUAUCUCCUAGGACAUCAUCGAGGAUGCAUAUGUUGUCUUCCACAAUGACUAAAUACCAUGGGGACCUUAUGCACAUGCGUGGUGACUGUGUUUUGCAUGGUCAUUGCAAUGGAUGCGGCUCUAGUGGCUUUCAGGAAGGCAGCCAGUAGAGGUGGAUUUAACCUUGCAAUGCAAACAUUGCAGUUUCUAAAACACUGUAAUGUUUUACAUCGCAGGGUUAAAAGGACAGGGCAACUGCAUUGAGAUGACGUGGUCUGGGUGACUUUAACGUUGCUUAUUCUGUGAUUCUGCAGUUACACUUGGUCUGUCUGAUCUUGGGGAAUCCUGAUGAUUGCCAUUUUCUUUUUCCAUUUUUGCUUCAGCAGAAUAUUUGGUGUUUUAAUUAAACACUGAAUUGCAGUGAAUUAAAACAUAAAUUAAAGGACCACUAUAGUGCCAGGAAAACAUACUCGUUUUCCUGGCACUAUAGUGCCCUGAGGGUGCCCCCACCCUCAGGGUCCCCCUCCCGCCCGGCUCUGGAAAGGGGUUAAAACUUACCUUUUUCCAGCACUGGGCGGAGAGCUCUCCUCCUCCGAUCCUCCUCUUCUCCUCCCCGUCAGCUGAAUGCGCACGCGCGGCAAGAGCUGCGCGCGCAUUCAGCCGGUCACAUAGGAAAGCAUUCAUAAUGCUUUCCUAUGGACGCUGGCGUGCUCUCACUUUGAAAAUCACAGUGAGAAGCACGCAAGCGCCUCUAGCGGCUGUCAAUGAGACAGCCGCUAGAGGAAAUAGGGAAAGGCUUAACCCAUUUUUUCAUAAACAUAGCAGUUUCUCUGAAACUGCUAUGUUUAUGAAAAAAUGGGUUAACCCUAGCUGGACCUGGCACCCAGACCACUUCAUUAAGCUGAAGUGGUCUGGGUGCCUAGAGUGGUCCUUUAAAAAAACUAAACGGAAAUAACCAAGCUGGAGAAUAUUUCCAAAUAAGUUAUUUUGGCCUAAAUUUUGCAGCUCAAUUUUCGAUUCACUGCAAUUCGACAUUAAGAAAUUAUCAGCAUGAUUGUUAACAUCUAACAAGCUCACUUUAUAUAUGUGGCAGGGUUUUAACACAGAGUCAUAAACAUUUCAGGCUUUAAAUAUAAAUCAUCACCACUUUUUUUUAAUUAUUAUUAAAAUAAAAUGUAAACAUACAAGGUAAUGCCUCUUUCCGCACAAAUUUACUGACCCAUCUUUUCACUCAAUGACAGCUACUGUUUUUAAUUCCUGUUUGCCUGAAAGAACCCAUUUUUCAACCAACUAUUCAGGCAAUAGAGUUCUAGUGCAGAUCCAAAUUUCAUGUACAAGUACUGGAUGCACAAAUGGAAUUUGAACUGCUGAACCACUCCAGUUAAUUGAAAUAGCAUUGUCAGUGCUUUCAGUUAAACAGAUCCGAAUAUAAGGGCUUAAAAUGUCCACAUGCCACUAGUCAUUUGCAAGUGAAUAUUCAGCGCUGGCGAGUAGAAAUUCACCCCUGGUGAGUGUGACGUUGGCCCUCAAGUGGUGAGCAACUUUCAAAGUUUGGCUAGGUCUUGAAGUUUUAGACCCUGGUCUAUGUAAUAAAACAAAUUCUGAGUUUUCCAUUAGAGGAUUAGGGUUUUUGGCCAAAAUUCCUUUGAGAUCUCUUUAUUUUUUUUAGAAUAUAAUUUUAAUGCACAUGUGUUUAAAAAAGAACAUGGUUUCAAUCAGUUGUACUGUAACUUUGUAUCUUAAAAUACACAUGACAUUUUUCACCAUUUUAGGAACAUUACAAAAAUGAUAGUAAGUCCUAUAAAAGAAGAGCAUGUUUUAUUUUUUAAGUUUAUUGACAUUUGAAAUGUAAAACAUUACAAGUGUUCUGAAAUUUUUCAGAUUUUUGUAUGGUAAAACAAUGUGUAAAGGGAUCAUUUUGCUUAUAUGAUUUAAAUGAUUUCAUUAGAAAAUCCAGUGGCUUGAAUUAUCAAAUGAGACUAUUAUUUAUACGUGGCUUACAAUUUCAAGUCGUGAGCUACUAGCCAGGCCUUAAAAGUUACUUACCACCGCAAGCCUGGAGUGUCCAUUUGAGGGCAGGGCCCUUACCACCUUCUGUUCUUGUAUGUCCAACUUGACUUGUUGCAACUACUUGUUUGUUAGUUCAUCUAUGAAUAUGUUGGUGCUUUAGAAAUAAUAUAAACAAAAUAUAUACUACCUUGAUUCCUCCAUUAAAAAUAUACUAUACAAAUGUUAAAGGACCACUAUAGGCACCCAGACCACUUCAGCUUAAUGAGGUGGUCUGGGUGCCAGGUCCAUCUAGGGUUAACCCUUUUUUCUAUAAACAUAGCCGUUUCAGAGAAACAGCUAUGUUUAUGUUAGGGUUAAUCCAGCCUCUAGUGGCUGUCUCAUUGACAGCUGCUAGAGGGCUUCCGCGUUUCUCACUGUGAAAAUCACAGUGAGAAGAUGCCAGCGUCCAUAGGAAAGUUCAGCCGACGAGGAGGAGGAGAGGAGAGCUCCCCGCCCAGCGCUGGAAAAAGAGGUAAGUUUAAUCCCUUCCUCUCCAUCCAGCCCGGCGGGAGGGGGACCCUUAGUGCACUAUAGUGCCAGGAAAACAAGUGUGUUUUCCUGGCACUAUAGUGGUCCUUUUCCUGGCACUGGAUGGAGAGGAAGGGGUUAAAAAUCUUACCUUUCUCCAGCGCCGGGCAGGGAGCUCUCCUCCUCCCUCCUCCUCCAUAGCGACGUCAUUGGCUGAAUGCGCAUGCGCGGCAGGAGCCGCGCGCGCAUUCAGCCAAUUCAUAGGAAAGCAUUUACAAUGAUUUCCUAUGGACACUGGCGUCUUCUCACUGUGAUUUUCACAGUGAGAAGCACGCAAGCGCCUCUAGCGGCUGUCAAGAGACAGCCACUAGAGGCUGGAUUAACCAUAUUAUAAACAUAGCAGUUUCUCUGAAACUGCUAUGUUUAUAAAAGAAAGGGUUAAUCCUAGAUGGACCUGGCACCCAGACCACUUCAUUAAGCUGAAGUGGUCUGGGUGCCUAUAGUGGCCCUUUAAGGUGCCUGUGUGUGUAAGCACACAUUGUUGGUAGUGGAUACUAACCUUAGGAACCUUCAUGUUUCUGAACAUCAUGGAAUAUGCCAUCUGAAACCCCUGGUUCGCUCAGACUAACCAUCACUGAUCUUAGUGGAGGUCGGUUGUUAUACAUACAGAAAGUGAGGAGAUGGGUGAGAAAAUUUCGCAAAGCCAUUAUUUACAAUCUUUCCAAACCUCCGCUCCAGCUUCUACUCCAAGCAGGAUCAUCUCAGACUUUCAUCCUUCUGCAGUCGAUAAAAUGAAUGCAAUAUGGUCAUGAAAUUAAUAAUAACCUGUACAUAUUCCAAGUUAUACUUGAAAAUUCCCUCAUCAACAUAUUGAUUAUUAUGUUGUUUUAAACCUUUUCAGGUAAUAUUUUUAGCUCCCAGCAGGCAAGUGGCCACCUCAAAUCUACAACGCCCCCUCCCUCCAAGCCACCAAGUAUCUCUCGGAAGCAGUCUGUGGACCAUAAUCAAAUUAACAUGGUUUCUCCUGCUGCUUUGUCACCUGCCGGCUCUUCACAAAGUGAGUCACGACCUAAAUUCUCCAUUAAAUCACCAUAGCCCUUUCGUGUAGAGGUCUUCAAGAUUAAAUUCUAAUGGAUUUCCGACACCAACAUGUACGCUUGUGCGCGCGCUAAUGCUUGUAUAAAUCUGGCAGAAUUUUAGAAAGGUGUUCUGUUAAAUGUAUGUAUUUUAUGUUUAAUGUAACUGUCCCUUUUUUUCUGUAUUUUGUAUGCACCCUUUGUGUAUACGUAUUAAUCAUGAUAUGACGCUAGAAGAUUGGUGUUUUUUAUAUGCUUUAAAAAAAAAAACCCACAAAAAAACAAACCAGAUAUGAAAUGUGACUAAAUGAUAACAGUGCACUUUCUUGAUUGUGUAAGAGAACGUUGAAGGACUUGCCUUUUUGAAGCUGCUGGUUUUAAAGGUGCUGUUCCGCGUAGUCAAAACAUAAACAGAAUAUUGAUUUUAAGUGAAAAAGGAGAGAAAAUUAAGCAAAUAUGUCGAUUUUCUUCCCUUAAUAGUUUUGUAUGCAGAAAGAUAACAGCCCAAUAGCUCUGGUACAGUAGUAUUUAAGCUAUCACUGCUCUCUCCUGUGUCACAUGACUGCAGUAUUAAAUUAGUCUGGCCAGACAAUACUUAUAUUUAUCGAUAUGGCCGGCUAUUAUAUGUGUACACAGCUAUUUCUCUGAGUAGUGUGGGGAUUUUGAAAUGUAAUAAUGUUGAUAUUUCUAAGGCAUUACUUAUUUAUAUUGUAUCCAAUAAGUAGGGUAGAACAGCAUCUUUAAAGAAAUGUUAAAUGAAGUUAUUGCAGCUUUUUUUUUUUUUUUUGUGUAUGUAUAACUGAUAGCGAGUCGAUUGGUGCAAUAUUUUAUAUGAUGACAUUUGAACCACAUUAUUUUAUGCUUUUAUAAUUUAUCAUUGCCGCUCAGGCAUUAUAAUGAGUGCAUGAAGGAUGCUGGAUAUGUAAAAGUGUCCAAAAGUCAUUGCAAAUCCAGACACUUCUUUUGUGUUGGAGCCAGCUGAGUGUCGUGAUGCUGGCUGCCGCAGGCAACUCUGGCUCAAAAGCAGGUUAAAAGUGAAAUGAAUGGUUGCAUAUAUGACUUCACUUUUGUGUUUUUCUUUUUGUUUGUUUUUUGUUUGUUUUUUGUUAUGUUUUUUUUUUUUUUUUAACGUUGCAUGCAUUGUGUGAAACCGUUUGAAAACUGUCAUGUAUUUAACCAAAAAGAGAACUGAAUGCAAAUGACAAAUUUUCCUUUUUGGAAGAAAAAAAAAAAAAAAUGUGUGCUUCAAUUGCCAACAUAUGACCCAUUACGUACAUAACAUUUUAUAUUUAUCUGAUUUGUUUUUGUCAUUAAAUGGGUUUGAAGCAUUUGCGACCUGUUAAUAAGUGGUUUUCUUUCUGUCUUUUCGUCGGGUACUAGUUUAUACCCUUGCAAGUUCUUAUCUGUGUUGCAUCUGUUGAAGCUUUUAUUGGAGUCAGAUUAGCGCCUUCAGUGUAUUUCUUAUUUUUUCUUUUUUUUUUUGUCCUUUUUUUUUUGUCCUUUUUUUUUUUAUAAGGUGAGAAAUAAUUGACAAUACGGUUUUAUUUUUUAUUUUCCUUUUUUCUUUUUUGGAACAAAUUGGGUUUUUUUGUACUAGCACUUUUUAUUUUUCUCAAUGAGCAGGAUCUGGAACUCCCAAACCAUCUACUCCUACACCAACCAACACCCCAUCAUCGACACCGCAUCCUCCUGAUGCUCUGAUCUCAACUCCUCUCACCCCUUCUGCCACCCCCACACCCCAAGACUCGAGCUUUAAUUCACAACCCACUUUGUUAACACAGUUUGCUCAACAGCAAAUGUCUCUGGGUCAGGGAUUGCCUGUAAUGACCAUUCCACUGUCCACUAUGGUCACGACUCUAACCACAGGAACUUCCUCAACCCAAGUCAUGACCAACCCAGCUGGACUUAACUUCAUCAAUGUAGUUGGCUCUGUAUGGUAAGUUCUUUGCUUUAUGGUGUUUUGUUUGUGCACUGGUUACUCGUGUUUUUUUUUUGUUUUUUUUAUUUAAAUAUGUAUAUUGGUGUUACAUUUUAAUUAAUUUCAGACAUUCUAUGGGGUUUUUUUCUUGCUAUAUGCAUAUUGUAAAAUGUGCUAUGUUUUGUCAAAACUGAGAAAUAGAUUGAACAGCGUUCUUUAAACAUUUAGUUAAACACUCUUGUAAGUUUGGAACCAUUUGAGCUUAUGUCAGAUUUUUCAGAAUCUCCUAUGUUCACAGGCAUCUGCAACUUAUUUUGUGCUCCAUUUCAAAGUUAUAUAUCUUUUAAUUGACCCUCCCUUUGUCUAAUCCUAAAGUAAGACACAUUCAUUUUCAAAUUUAAGAAACACCUUAGGCUCCUUAUCUCAAAAUCUCAUUUGUAGCUGAACUCUUUCUCUUUACUGUUUUGCCAUUGGUAAUUCAUAAAGACUACAAAUGUGGCACCCAUUGGCCAAUAUUCAUGGAGUCACAUGCUAAAAAUUGUGUGAUGGCUUGUACAUCAUAUCUUCCACUGGUGACUUGUAAGUAUAUAAAUUAAUAUGUCCUUUUUGUCAGAGCCAAGGUAUAGAUCACGGGUGCCCAAAAGGUAGAUGUUGUAGAACUGCAACUCCCAUAAUGUUUUGCGUGUCCUUGCAUUCCUUUAGAACUGUGGUUUCCAAACCAGUCCUCAAGGUAUGCCUACCAGUCCAGGAUUUAGGGAUUACCCAGUUGUGUCUAAGGUGUUUUUAGAAAGGAAAAAAAAACCUCUUGACACAACGUGGUAAUCCCUAAAUCCUAGAUGGGUAUGGUGCCUUGAGGACUGGUUUGGAAACCACUGCUUUAGAAUGACAAGACAUCAUGGAAGUUGUAUUUUUAAAACAUCUGGGGAUCUACCUAUUGGCCACCCCUGGUAAAGAUUAACUGUAUUGAUACCAGAAAGUGCCUUGCCCACACAUAUUUUGUGAUCAACUUUAAAUAUAUGUUAUAUUGGCCAAGGCACAUUGGCGCUGGAUUCAGGUAAGUCACUGAAGGGGUUUUAACCCCUUCAGCAACAUGGGAUGGGGGGUGGGAGGGAGAGGGGCACUGCAGGAUUUGUUUUCCUGGUACUGGAGAGUCCCUUUAAUAUACACAUACCAGGUGAUUGCUGAGUGUAAACAUAAUUGGUUUUAGAAGAUGCACAACUGUGUGCCAUUUUACAGUGAGCUUAAAUUGCACAGUUUGUGUAGUUUCAUCGUCAGAAGAACUUGGUAGAGGUUAACAUUGAUAAGGCGAGGUUAUAUUUCAUCUAUGUGUGUUCCUUGUAAGUUCGUUAAUGUUCUAUUUUUGUUAUUCCACAGUGGCCCACAGACAUUGAUGAGUGGCUCAAACACCAUGUUGGGCUGUAGUUCUGGUGCCAUAAGUCCAGCAGGGAUAAAUCUGAGUGGCAUCUUACCGUCAGGAGGUCUGGUUCCGGCUGCUAUGCAGUCUAACUCUCAGGCAGGUUAGUAUAUUGGGAAUAUAAAUGUGGAAAUUCUGAUACAUUUUGACAAACAUUUGUUUUUAGGACAUUGCAUAAAGUUGCCUCAAAGUUACCUUUCUGCUAUUGUUUCCUCUUAUCGCCCUCUUUCAGAAUCUGUUCUUCUUUUCUUAAUUUCUGAACUAUUUCUCUUUAAAAAAAUAAGAUAAACUAGAGACUAUUUUGUCUUAUGUAUUUUUCCUACACUUGACAAUUGUGACAACAGGGUGGAGCUAAAGGCAAGCUCCACUUCCUUUUGUCAAGUUAACAAAGGGUGAAAUUUGUUUUCAGCUUGUCAAGAAUGCAAAGUACAGGGGAAAAAACACAAGGCAAAUUAGUCCUUACUUUGUCUUAUGUUUUAAAAAGAAAUAGUUCAGAAAAUGAAGAACAGAUUCUGAAAGAGGAAACCAUACAAGAAAGGUUGAAAGAUUGUGAUGACAAAGCCACUUUAAGUUUAGCUUCUGCUGCAACAAAAUAAAAAUGUUAGCUUGAUGAAGCAUUAAUAAGACUAAAGAUUAAAUGUAAAUGUUACAAUAUCCUAAAAAUAAAUCACAGUUUAAGAUAGUCUGUUAGAUUUAAAAUGACAUUACUAUAACACUUAAUUGUAAUAUUGUGUUGCAUACCUAAUUUUAUUUUUUUGUUUAAUAUGUUUCUACUUUAACUUCGACCUGCUUUCUUUCUGCUAAAAAUUAAAUUUUGAUCAGAUUUUGAGGCUGAACAUUUGAAGAGCAUUUAUAGAGAGGUUAAUACAUCUUUUUUAUGCAUUUAUAGUGUUUUACAAUAACUCAUUAUGUGUUAAGUGUUCAGAUGAUGUGAUGGACUUUACUAUUGAAGCUAAUCCUGAUACUAGGACUUAUUCGUUAACAUUCAGAAUUUUUUAUACUAAUGUUACAUUUUAUGUAUGUAAUAUUUUCUGUUUUAGGAAAUAGCUCUAGCUGUAAUAGUCUGAUUUUCCUUGAAUGUUUUUCUAAGAAUUAUUCUUGGAAACUUGUUUUAAUUGAGUAACUUCUUCUCUUCAACAGGUGGUCCAUUUGGGUUAAAAAACACAUCAGGUCUAAGGCCUUUGAAUCUGCUGCAGGUAACUAAUAUUCAUCGAGACAUUUCAAGCACUUUUGAUAGUGUGAAAUAUUUUAAACAAAGAUAUAUUUGGGCUGUUUCAACCCUAGAUUAUAAAAGGAAGGAUAAAUGACUAGUGGCAAAGUGAAUUAUGUACUUUUUUUCCCUCAAGGCUGUUGUAAACGUUUAGCUGGUAGACAAGCUAUUAGCAUGUAGGUUUCUUUAAAUGGUUCUGCAGUGAGUGAUGCCAAGUUGCACAUGAAUUUAGAGUAAGAUAUACCUAUAAGAUCUGAGUAUAAACUCUCAAAGAGAGUUCUCUCUCCAAGCACCAUAAAUGUAGUAGUUAUGGUGCCAGGAGUGCUAUGGCACCCUCUAGUGUAAGUAGGCAAACCGAAGUCAAAGAACAGUUUAGCAAUUUACAUGUUGUUCACUAUCUUCUCUCCAGAUUGAAGCCUCUGGAUUGAGCUAACCCUAGUAAUUCAGUUAGUUGGCUCUGCAAUGCAGGACUUAGCUCAUUGACGCAGAUGGAAGAUAAACAAGUCAAUGGCAGACUGCGUUCUUAAACACACUGUAGUGGUUAAGGUGCUUGGAGCAUUGUUUCUCAUUUAUUUUAUGUAAAACAAGUGACUGACACUAAGUAUAUUCCCAGUUUUCUGUCACAAUGAUGCAGAUGUUGUCCAGUCAGGGAAAAACUCACCAGUUCAAACGAGUUUACAGUCUAAGAAUCACAUUUUUAUGUGAAUUCAUGUCCUGUUAAUGUUAAUACAUGCAAUACUGCCAUGUAUUCAAAAUAAAUCAAUGUCUUGAGGUAUCUUGGACAGUAAAACUUUUACACUUUAAACAAUAUAGUUAAAAGAACAUUUCUGUGCAUAGAUUGCGGCUCAAGGACAUGAAUACACAAAUAAAUUGUCAAUUUUUUCCUGCAGUCCAUUAUAGAAAUACAGAAAGGGAAUCCAUCAGUAAUUAAAGGUAUACUCGGGGCACUGUAACCGUUUUAUCUCAGUGAAGUGACUAACAAUGUUUGGAGUCCUUUGGUGCUGUACCUCCAAUCAGUGUUAGACCGUUUUUAAUGGCUUAAAGUUAAAUGAGAGUCCCCAGAAGCCCAUCUCCUCUCUGCUGCCGUGGCUAACAAGGAAAUAUUAGUUCAAGCAGGAAGGGGCAGUGGUGACUGUCUAAAAAUGAGAUGAAAUGGUUAUAGUGUCUACAGUGUCUCUUUAAGUGUUUGAGAGUGUUAUUUGUGUGUUGUCUCUCUAUUCAAGGCAGACUGUAACACAGAGUUUUAAAAGUUGCUUCCUCAAAGAGUAAAAAAAAUAAAUGGAUGUAUAUAUUUGUGUGUGGUGAGAGAGAGAGAGAAAGAGAGAGUAUGUAUGUGGGAAAGAAUGGCUGCCUUUGUGCAUUUUCAAACAAGGAUUUGACUUUUAAAGAGUUUUUUUCCCCCAUCAAAAAGAGGAGCAUUUGGUAGUUAUAGAAGAUAUAUAGUUGUUUCAAUGAAAUGUCCAUGAAGUCUUAUCCCACACUCAAACACUUUGGAUGUUUAUGAAGUCAAUGUCUUUUUUAAUACAGCUUCCUGGUGCUUCACUCAUAUUCAACCCCAUGCAGCAACAACAGCCCCAAAUGUCUCAGUUUUCACCUCAACAGUCUCAGCAGGCAGCGACCUCUAGUCCUCAACAACCAGGUGAUCAGAUGGGCCUGAUGCCAUCGGUAAGAUAUUCACAAAGAAACUCUUAUAUGUUCAUGCACUUUGAUUUUUAAUCAAUUGGAUUAAAGGGAUACUAUGGUCACCUAAACAACCUUAGCUUAGCUGAAGCAGUUUUGGUGCAUACAUCAUGCCUCUGAAGUUUCACUGUUCAAUUAUUUUGCCGUUUAGGAGCUAAAUCACUUUUAUUUCUGUUUAUGCAGCCCUAGCUACACUUACCCUGGCUGUGACUGCCAUAGCCUGCAUGAAAACAAAAUUGUUUCAUUUUCAAUAAGAUGUUAAUUACUUGAAAAGUUUUUUUAUCUCCUGCUCUGUAAAUUGAACUUUAAUUACAUAAACGAGGCUCCUGCAGGGUAUAGCAAGCCAUAAACAGAGCAAUAGAUAAUAAAUUAUAAAUUAAACAGAAUUUGCAAUAAAAGAAGUAUAAACAUUAGAUGACUCUUUACAGGAAGUGUUUAGGAUGGCUGUGUAAGUCUCAUGCAGAUAGGUGUGGCUAGGGCUGCAUAAACAAAGUGAUUUCUCUUAAAUGGCAGGGAACUGAGCAGUGAGACUGCAGGGGCAUGAUAUAUACACCAAAAUUGCUUCAUCGAGCUAAAGUUGUUUUGGUGACUAGUUCCCUUUAAGUUAACAUAUACAUAUUUCUACUUUUCAACUUUUCUAAAUAGCUUUGUUACUGCAGAUAAGGAUCACAGUAAAGUUUUGACCAUUAUUUCAUUGCACACAACCCAAAAAAUGCGUUUGGGAUCUGAGUUUACAGAAUAUCAAUUAAGAAUUGUAACAAGCUCUAAAUUAAAAGCAGACACCCAUCUAAGUGUUUCCCUGGGUUUGUUUCAAAGACAUGGCAUUGAAAUAUAUUUUAGAAAACUUGAAUGCUCAUCAACUGUGGCAUGUGCUAAUAUAAGCAAUGACUAAAGGGUGUCCACAAACAAAUAAUCUUUAUUUUUUCUAAAAUAUAUUAGAUCAAACUUUAAUUGCAAACACGUGAACAUUCUGUAAUCCUUUUCCAAAGUUAUAUAUAUAUAUAUUUUAAUUUUUUUAUUUUCUUCUUUAAUUUUACAAAACAGUAUCUACUGCUGUAUUUUUUUUCUUUUAAGGUAUUUUGUGAUGUUGACACAGAACAUAUUUAGUCUUAUUCAAACUACUUUUGGCAAAAGUGUCUAAAGUGUGGAAUAAUAAAAGUUUGUUCCAGUUUUGUUUACAACUAUUAGCAGAGGCCUACUUUUUAAUAAAUUAUAGGCAUGCAGUUUAAAAAAAUUAUGCCAAAAAUGAAAGAUACAUCUUCUACCAAGACCUCCUAUUGACUCCGAUCUCUGCUUCCUCCAUUGUUGACAAAGGAGAGCAUACCCUCUAAACCCCUGACCAAAGUGGGCAAAGUUGCAAAAAGCUUCAUUCAUGAAAAUGUACAAAUACUGCAGUAGCUUCAUUCAUAGGUUUGUACAAGUUACUUAGUACUAUAUGAUGUGUAUACUAAUGACAUAAUGAAGACGGUCGUCACAGAAGGUGGGGGGGAAGGUUGGGCAUAAAUUGAGAUGUGCCUACAUCCUUUGCAAUACAGAAUAUACUGCAGACAAUGCACACCAGACACAAUCAGAAUCUAAAUGUGGAUAGCAUAGAAUUAAAGAAUUACCAACAGACAAUAACAGAAAAGAGGGUGCAGCUUCCACCUUUCUUCUGACAGGAGAUAUACCUAAUGGAUCUGUAACCAAGAUAGGCCCUAACAAAAGUGUUAGGUCUUAUUUAAUUGGAGAAUAAUUUCCCAAACGGAGCAUCACCAUGGCAAAUACUGUGAGUUUCAACAAUGUUAUUGUCAUUAAAAAAAAAUCUAUUAAUCCUGUUUGCUGCUUCAAACGAUGAGGACUUGAAUAGAAAAAUAAACAUUGUAGAGUUAGUAAAAAUGUUUAUUUUAGGAUCUGCCAAUAAAAUCAGAAGAUUUAUUCUUGAUUUUUUUUCCUGCACAGAGAAGAAGUAGGUCUAUACCCAGUGUUUUAUUAACUAUGAAAUGUUCUACAAGGAGAGAUAUAUGCCUUGCACUGUAUGUUCUGGAGAGCAGGGGUGGGCUAAGGCUUAUGCCAAAAAAGAAAGGUGGAAAUGGCACUUUCACCUAGCAAGAUGUCUUUGCCAUAAAUAGUUUGGAACCCACAUAAAGACAUCUUUAAGUUCCAAGAACAGAUCAGAGUAGUCAGGACUCAUCAGACAAAGAGCUGUGCAAAAAGUAAAGGUAAAAACACAUUUUAGGGUCAUAUAGUAUUUUUUUUUGUCUGGACUUCAAGCUUUCUAAAAUGCGCAGUGCCAAAAGUUUCCUACUCCUGCUUUACUGCAUCAUAUAGGUGUAAAACCUUUAUUACAGUCCUGUUUGUGGAUAAGAAUUACAAGUGAUCUGUUUGUUGUUUUUUUUUCUUCUUCCUCUCAGGGAAUGGAUCAGGGUCCUAAUAGUCAAGAUCAGACUUUAUCAGCCCAGCAAGCAGCUGUUAUUAACUUAACAGGAGUAGGAGGUUUUAUGCCUUCUCAAGCAGCCGGUAUGUAUCUGCAACCCAAGUGUUUGUUCCAGACCAUGCAAUAUCCCCUUUCCUUCUAUCUCGUAAUAUCUCAUGAUCCUUGCCUUCAUGCUGUGGCUAAGUCAUGCAGCGAAAGUGAAUCUUUCAAGACAGCAGUGGUUUAUAUAUAAACAGAUAUAUAAACGAAGGGAGUAUGUCACCUACAGCCUGCCUUAAUUUACGCUAUAAUUUUUUUUUCUUGAGCAAGCAAUCAUCUCCAAAAGUAUCAGGCUCACGAGAGUUAGAGCUUGUUUCCCCUCAUAUUGGUCAGUGAUUUUAUUUCUGAUUCGCUUGUAGGACAGCCAUGUUUCCCUGCACAUGCAGGAGGGCAGUAUGUUAAAAAUGCCUUCCUAUACUAUAUAUGCAUACACGUGUUAUGCUCCCUUUAAACAAGGUAGAUCUGGCAACACAACAAACAGCAGACUGCAAGACCCAUCACUGACUGACUGAAAAUUUGCCCUCACCUAUACCAAUGCGUAAUUUAAAAAUUAAGUGUACCGCUUCCAUUGACUAGGCUGAUUUUCAUUGUUUAUUCUAUUUUUGUAUUUAUGUGAUGUAAAUAUAUUCCAGAUCUUUGUCCAAGAACACACAGUGCUUCAAACUCGAUCCCCUAAGCUCUCAUUUGCAAAAUAUUUUUUCUGACCUUUACAUGUAUAUUUAAUAGUCACACAUGCAGACCAACACUAUUUACUUUCACAAAAGAUUUGAACUGAACUGCAGCUUUUCAGGGUCCAAGUGCAUCUGAUAUUGGAUGUGCAGCGAAGAACAAGCCCUUGCUCUCUUUAGAUCCUUCAUUCCAAAACCUUCUUUCUUGACCUCCACUCUCCCCUUCUCCUCUCCUUAGUGUUACCUCAGCUUGGCUCUGCUAUGAACAGACCUGGGCCAACCCUUCCACAGCAGAAAUUCCAGCUCUCUCCUGCCUUACAGCAGCAGCAACAUGCCUUACAGCAGCAACAGAUACAAGUAAUCCAGCAACUUCCCUAAAAAUCGCUCAGGCUGGCUCAAAACAAUAAUACAUUCUGCUUUAUAAAGCAAGACGUUUGGAUAGAACAAUACUUUCUAAGUAGGCACAGCAAAGUAAAUUUAAUUAUCAUUCAGCAUUUCCGUGAUCGUAAUAUUUGCUAGUAGUCUGGAAGAUGCGACAGUAAAGAACAUUUUUGUGAUUUACGGUGCAUGUGCUGGUCAACUUGGCGUAUUGUAUACAAAAUGUAGGCACCGCAUGUAAUUGGCGUAGUUCCAAUUCCUACAAGAGGAGUAACAAAACUAUGGACCAUAUCCUGCUUUUUCCAACUACACCCUCUAUUUAUCUACCCAGGUUACUAGUCCAUGAUUGGGCCAUAUGAUUCAUAAACUAUCUAGCAAGUUCACAUGCAGUUUGUGGAAGUCAGAUUUUUUGCAUGAAUUAGAAAGGAUGAAAUGCUAGGUGUUUGGAUCCUUACUGAAGUUGCUGAUUUACUGUAGCUAUAUGGGCAGAGAACUGUUUUGGAAUUUGAUAUGUUUUAGUGCCACUGAUGCUGCAUGACUGCUCAUUCAUUUAUCCUCCUACCAUACUCAUGGUUCUAUAUAGUGUCCAUAAACCCCUGCUUUGCAUGGAACUCUUGUAAUCCAGGUGUACCCAAAAGAUAGUCAUCUGACUGUUUUCGAAAUACGAGGCUUUGCUAGCCUGUUGGCUGGAAAAGCAUUAUGGGCUGUGUAGUUUGACAGCAGUCAAAGGGCUAACACAUGUCUGCCCUUCCUGUAACCAAUAUGACCGGUACUAAAAGUUAUCCUUUUUGUCUUUCCUUAACCUUACUUUGGCAGUUGCGAUUCUUGCGACAUCAAAUGCAGCAAAUGGCUAUGGCAACAGCCCAAGCGGCACCUCUGCACCACCAGGUUCAUUCAGACAGUCCAAGAAAUAAAAGAAGGGGAUCCACAUCCUGGGAACCAAAACCCUGAUUUUUGUAUACCACAUCACUGCUUCAUUUAGCGACAGAAUGCGACAACCAACAAUGGCCUUCUAGUUUUAUAUCUAUAUAUUUUUAAAAAAUGGUAACAUUACAAUGCUGCGAAACGCAAAGUAAACACUGAAGACAGAGGCAUCAAGAGGAGGAAAACAACGGACAGAGAAACAAGGUGUAUUAGAAAGAUCAUGUAAAUGGCUAUUUUAAAACCUUUUUAAAUGUAAUUUCCCGAUACAGAAUAAGCUGUGUGGGUAAAAAAAAGACACUGAAUCAGGAUAGCAAACUCUCUGAAAUUCAAUAAUUGUAUGUUUGUUUUUUUAUUUUAUUUAGUACAAAAAUGUGCAGCCAUAGCAACAAAUACAAAUUUUUUACAUGUUCAUUUUAAAACGACUUUUCUGAUUUUACACUCUCCAAAACCUCAUUCAGCAAAUUUUGAACUUCUUUGUGUCGCGUGACUGCUCGACUGAUGCACUCUUGGAGUUUCUCUGGGGACAGGGCACUUCCACCUUAAGAGAUAUCAAGCAGUUUACAACAUGUUUCACAAAUCAAAAUACAAUGUUGUUUGUUUGGUUUUUUUUUUAAUUCCAUUUACAAAAAAAUGUAAGAUGAGAUAUGUGUAUACUAUCAUUUAGAUUGCAGGCACAAUCUAAUCUAGAGGAAACAAAUGUUAAGAUUUGUGCCAUCCAAACUUAUUUUCUUAUCAACCAUGCCAGACAAAUUUUGUUAGCAAAUUAUAUGGGGCUAUUUAUUCAAGCAGGAACUAGGGAGAACUGUGAAAGGGAUUGCACAUUGUUAAGUGAUGGCAGAACUGAAAAACAUGGAGUUUGUAGAAUUUACCUCGUUUGGCCUAAAAUGAUUGCUCUCAUUUCUACACAGAUGCUGGUUUAGUGAAUAACUUGAUGAAAGAGAAAGUAAUUGUAUGCAGUGUAACUGAAUCUUAUUUUUCAAGACACUUCACUUUUUAGUUAUGACUAUGUAUUUUUCUCAAGCAGUGAACAGGUGCUCACAUGAACAAACUGCUAUAAAUUCUUGCCUUUUGUGAGAUGUUAAGAAAUAUUAGCAGCAGAUUUGGUUUUUAUUGUUAUGCCUCGCACAAAAGUAUUUGUUUCAAAAUAACUGGACUGUGCAUGAUCUCAAAUCACUUCAAAGGGACACUAGUCACCAGAACAACUACAGCUAAAUGUAGCUGAUUUGCCGCGCAUGCUUGAUAGCCUCCCAAUGCUUUCCUAUGGGAAAGUAUUGGAUUGGCUGAAGUUACCAAGUUUGCUGAUCUCAGCCAAGGGGGCAAUGUGUUGGUGGGGCCAGUGCGGCGCUGGAGAAAGGUGAGUAAUUCACAUUUCUAACCAUAGGUCAG